AUGUUCAACUGCAGAGGGUACAACCUUGUCUUGGGCAUCCAGUGUAAUGGUACGGGUAUGUGUUCGUCAUAGUCACGUGUGGACGGCUUCUCUUCGAGGAAUUGUAUACUGUUAAUACGUUGGCUGGCCAUCCUCCUCCAUCCCCCCCUCCACUCCUCCAUCAAAGUGGUUACAACAAGGGAUCACAUGCUACAUCAUUUGAUAAACCUAAUGUGCACACAAGCAGAGCACCAGGAGACCACAAAAGAGCCCUUGUGAGUGAACUGCAUAAAAAGAGGCAAGCAAGGAUUCAGAUUUACAUGCAAUGUAACGUGCUUUUGCAGAGUUGUACAUUUCUCUUUUAGGAUAACUGACUUUCUGGUAAUCCAUUAUCAACUGAUAAUUUCAUGGAACUCUAAAUUGUUCCAGGAAUCAUUUUGAAGGAAAGGAAUGUAGUGUUGUGAGGCUGGGUUAAAAGCCACAAUCCUAGUCACGUGGUAAAAAAAAAAAAGUUAAACACUUCAUUCAUCUAAGUUUGAACGAACAGCCACACCCCCUCUCCUCCCCACUUCCUCUGGUCAACCUCUCUUUUCCUCUCCUCACCUCAGGACUUGUGGCUAGUUAGUCUCAUUGCUCAACUAUGCAGUAGAGGAUUAGCUAGCUGGAGCAGAGAAGCAGAGAUUGGGCUGUUUGUCAUUGACAGGAGGCUGAGAGCUACACCCAUCCACCCUCAGUCUCCCCCAGUAGAUAUGACCCUGCUCACAGAGGACCAACCCCAGCCAUGCAGGCUCCCGGAGCCCGGGACACGCACCACAGGUCUGGACCAUUACUCAGUGGAGAGUGUGGACUCUGGAGAGUCUACGAAGGAGGACUACUUGGACAGUAUGGAGCCCGUUGUAUUUGGGGUGGUGGAGCCUCCCAGGCGCUCUCGGGGCAGGCUGCUGCUGCAUGGCAUGGUGAUGUUUGGAAGGGAAUUUUGCUAUGCAGUGGAGGCGGCCUUCGUCACGCCGGUGCUGCUCAGUGUGGGACUCCCUCAGAGUUUGUACAGCCUUGUGUGGCUGAUCAGCCCUAUCCUGGGCUUUCUUCUGCAGCCCAUCAUCGGCUCGGCCAGUGACUACUGCAGGUCCUCGUGGGGCCGACGGAGGCCCUACAUACUCUCACUGGGGAUUAUGAUGCUGAUGGGUCUAACCUUGUUUCUCAAUGGAGAUGCAGUCGUAUCAGGUGAGAGCCCAUGGCUAUCAGGCAUACUGUUCUAGAACUAGUCUUUGUUAAUAGUUGUUAUGGAGUUGGGCAGCUUGGGUAUGAGAAACCAAAAUACUUUUAGGGCUCAUAUUUCCAUGUCUAUCUCAAAUAACUUUUUGUCCCUGUAACAUACGUAAUAUAUUUAAUUUAAACUUUCGCUUAAUGGGCUGUUUCAAUGUUGAUAGAAAAUGUACAGUCACAUCUGAAAUUAUUGGCACCCUUGAUUAAGUUGAGCAAAAAAUACUGUGUAUGAAAUAAAUAAUACAAAUACUGAGCUAUAUUGUAUGCUAAAAAAAAAUGGAGAAAUUAUAUUAUUUUAUACUAAUACAUUUGCUCAGAGAAAAAUAUUUUGUUUAAAUGAAAAUUCCACCCAAAAACGAUCUUUUAGGUAUUUGUUUCAUUAGUCCAUUGUUGUCAUAGUCCCAAAAUGUUUUGCUUGUCAGCAAUCAAGUUGUCAAGAUACAGUAUGUAACUUAAAAAAUACAGAAAUCAUCCCCGUAUGAUUCGUUUUGUUGGAAAGCAGAAUUUACCCGGUUUUCCGCUAGGAUUUUGCCUGUGCCUGUGCUGUUUGUCUGGCAGUUUGUGUUUCAUAACCAGUAAUGAGAGGGUUUCCUCAGUGUGUCUAGACAGAAGGUGAAAUGUGCCUGUUAUUUCCACUGGGCUGUUUCCCUUCAUCAAGUUGAUUGCACAAGAUGUUCAGCAAUUAUUCCAGAAAGCUCAAUAGCGACCUUGAACAAUAGCAAUUAUAGAAACCACCUCACUGAGUUGUGGACAAAAUCCUGAGAGGAAUUGGAGUCUCUCAACACCUGCAAAGAACAGGAAUGCAAGAGAUGGCAUAUCUUUACACCUCUGCGAAUACUGAGACGCACAUGUUUGGCCCAUACCACUUUUCAGAAACUGUAUAUAUACUGUUGUUAAUUUUCACGUCCAUGUAGACAGACUGAAUUUCCACUUCCUGAAAAGAGGUUGUUUCAUUUAUUGGGGUGAAUGGUAAGCUGGUAAGACCUGGGUCAAAUACAUAUGUCAUACUUUUAAAUACUUGAGCUGUUCUUGUGGAUUGAAAUGCAUAAACUAAAGUAGAAUACUACUGGAAAUGCAUUCACUCUGUAAGGGAUUGGAUUUCCUUUUGCAACAGUAUUGUACGUACAAUUGAAGUCGGAAGUUUACAUACACUUAGGUUGGAGUCAUUAAAACUCAUUUUUCAACCACUCCACAAAUUUCUUGUUAACAAACUAUAGUUUUGGCAAGUCGGUUAGGACAUCUACUUUGUGCAUGACACAAGUAAUUUUUCCAACAAUUGUUUACAGACAGAUUAUUUCACUUAUAAUUCACUGUAUCACAAUUCCAGUGGGUCAGAAGUUUACAUACACGAAGUUGACUGUGCCUUUAAACAGCUUGGAAAAUUCCAGAAAAUGAUGUCAUGGCUUUAGAAGCUUCUGAUAGGCUAAUUGACAUCAUUUGAGUCAAUUGGAGGUGUACCUGUGGAUGUAUUUCAAGGCCUACCUUCAAACUCAGUGCCUCUUUGCUUGACAUCAUGGGAAAAUCAAAAUAAAUCAGCCAAGACCUCCACAGGUCUGGUUCAUCCUUGGGAGCAAUUUCCAAAUGCCUGAAGGUACCACGUUCAUUUGUACAAACAAUAGUACGCAAGUAUAAACACCAUGGGACCACGCAGCCGUCAUACCUCUCAGGAAGGAGACGCGUUCUGUCUCCUAGAGAUUAACGUACUUUGGUGCGAAAAGUGCAAAUCAAUCCCAGAACAACAGCAAAGGACCUUGUGAAGAUGCUAGAAGGAACAGGUACAAAAGUAUCUAUAUCCACAGUAAAACGAGUCCUAUAUCGACAAAAAUAGAACUGUUUGGCCAUAAUGCCCAUCGUUAUGUUUGGAGGAAAAAGGGGGUACCUUGCAAGCCGAAGAACACAAUCCCAACCGUGAAGCACGGGGGUGGCAGCAUCACGCUGUGGGGGUGCUUUGCUGCAGGAGGGACUGAUGCACUUCACAAAAUAGAUGGUAUCAUAAGGAAGGAAAAUUAUGUGGAUAUGUUGAAGCAACAUCUCAAGACAUCAGUCAGGAAGUUAAAGCUUGGUCGCAAAUGGGUCUUCCAAAUGGACAAUGACCCCAAGAAUACUUCCAAAGUUGUGGCAAAAUGGCUUAAGGGCAACAAAGUCAAGGUAUUGGAGUGGCCAUCACAAAGCCCUGACCUCAAUCCUAUAGAACAUUUGUGGGCAGAACUGAAAAAGCGUGUGCGAGCAAGGAGGCCUACAAGCCUGACUGUUACACCAGCUCUGUCAGGAGGAAUGGGCCAAAAUUCACCCAACUUAUAGUGGGAAGCUUGUGGAAGACUACCCGAAAUGUUUGACCCAAGUUAAACAAUUUAAAGGCAAUGCUACCAAAUACUAAUUGAGUGUAUGUAAACUUCUGACCCACUGGGAAUGUGAUGAAAGAAAUAAAAGCUGAAGUAAGUCAAACUCUCUACUAUUAUUCUGACAUUUCACAUUCUUAAAAUAAAGUGGUGAUCCUAACUGACAUAAAACUGUCACGAUCGUCGAACACAGAGGACCAAGGCGCAGCGUGGAAUGCGAACAUACUUUUAUUUUUUAUGAUCACACGAACAAAACGAUACGUGACGUCCUUGGCAAUAGACACUAACCAAACACGGAACAAGAUCCCACAAACACUGUGGCAAAACAGGCUACCUAAGUAUGGUUCCCAAUCAGAGACAACAAGCAACAGCUGAUUCAUGUUGCCUCUGAUUGAGAACCACACCGGCCAACAUUGAAACAAAUGAACUAGAUAAACAACCUAGCACACAAAACACAUAGAAACAACCCACCCUGGCUCAACAUAAGAGUCCCAGAGCCAGCCCUCCAACAAACCCCCCAUAGCGCCCCUGGUCCGGUCUGGCCCUGCUGGCUGGAUCUGGACUGGACAUCGGUGGAGCGGAUCGCUCAGGCUCCGAUGUGGAGCAGCUAACCGGUACCUGACCAGGCACCGGUGACCCAGGCACGGGCUGUGCCGGACUGACGACGCGCACCACAGGCUUGGUGCGGGGAGCAGGAACAGGCCGGACCGGGCUGACGACACGCACCAUUGGCUUGGUGCGGGGAGCAGGAACAGGCCGGACCGGGCUGACGACGCGCACCACAGGCUUGGUGCGGGGAGCAGGGACGGGCCGAACCGGGCUGACGAAGCGCACCACUGGCUUGGUGCGGGGAGCAGGAACGGACCAAAACGGGCUGACGACGCGCACCACUGGCUUGGUGCGGGAAGCAGGAACGGGCCGGACCGGGCUGGCGACGCGCACCACUGGCUUGGUGCGAGGGGCAGGAACAGGCCGGACCGGGCUGGCGACGCGCACCACAGGCUUGGUGCAAGGGGCAGGAACAUGCCGGACCGGGCUGGCGACGCGCACCACAGGCUCGGUGCGAGGGACAGGAACAAGCCGGACCGUACUGGGGACACACCCCAGUACCUCUCGCCGUGCCUCUACAUUCUCCUUCCCCCUGGUGACCAGUGACUCCCGUAACCUGGCGGCCUCCUUUGCCAACCCGCUGAACCACUCUAUCCCGGCCUCCUGCUGCCCCGUCGUCCACGGCGUGAGCCCCCCCCUAAAAAAUGUCUGGCCAUCUCUCCUCCCCGUGGGCCAGGCCUCCAUGGCUCUCGCCAGACUCUCGCUCCUCUGCUCCCAAGUCCAGCUUCUCUCCUCCUCCCGCGGCUUGACCCAGUCGAGGUUGAUAUCCUUUAGAGCCCUCUCUGGCGUUGGCUCCUGGACACGCUGCUUGGUCCAGUUAUGGUGGGAUCUUCUGUCACGAUCGCUGGAGGAAGUGGACCAAGGCGCAGCGUGGAAUACUAACAUACUUUUAUUUUUAAUGAUCACACGAACAAAACAACAAAACGAUACGUGACGUCCAUGGCAAUAUGUCAAGAGUGCUGUAGGUGGGUGUAGUGGUGGAAUCAAGCGCAGGACACCGAAGUAUAGUCCAAAAGACUUUAGUACUAUUUCCAACAAGGAAAAUACGAGCACACUUGCCCGAAGGCGAAAUUACGCACGAAGGCGACAAAAAUAAAGGCGCACUAAACAUGUGCGAAAAUGCUCCAACGCAGUGGAGUGAAGUUCAACCGAGCGAGAAUGCAAUAAACAAGCAACACACGACAGAAAAUAAAUCAAUCACACACAACACUAGACAAACACAACGAGAAACUUAUAGGACACUAAUUACGCUAAACGAGAACAGGUGUCACAACAAACAGACAAAAGCAAACGAACAUGAAACAUACAACGGUGGCAGCUAGUAUUCCGGAGACAACGAACGCCGAAGCCUGCCCGAACAAGGAAGAGAGGCAGCCUCGGCCGAAACCGUGACAGUACCCCCCCCCUUGACGCGCGGCUCCAGACGUGCGCUGACUCCGGCCUCGGGGACGACCCGGAGGACGCGGAGCAGGGUGCGUCGGGUGCCCACGAUGGAAUUCCGUCAGGAGAGACGGGUCCAAAAUGUCUCUCCUCGGCACCCAGCACCGUUCCUCCGGACCGUACCCCUCCCACUCCACUAGAUACUGGAGACCCCCCAUCCGACGUCUCGAAUCCAAGAUGGAACUCACGGAGUACGCCGGUGCCCCCUCGAUGUCCAAUGGGGGCGGAGGAGUCUCCCUGAUCUCACUUUCUUGGAGUGGGCCAGCUACCACCGGCCUGAGAAGGGACACAUGGAACGAGGGGUUAAUACUUUUAUAUUCAACAGGUAGUUGUAAUUUGUAACACACCUCGUUCAACCUUCUCAGGACCUUAAAUGGCCCUACAAACCGCCGACCCAGUUUCCGACAGGGCAGGCGGAGGGGCAGGUUUCUGGUAGAGAGCCAGACUCGAUCACCAGGUGCGUACACCGGUCCCUCACUGCGGUGGAGAUCGGCGCUCGCCUUAUGACGUCGGAGGGCCCGCUGCAGGUGGACGUGUGCAGCGUUCCACGUCUCCUCCGAGCGCCGCGCCCACUCAUCCACCGCAGGAGCCUCGAUCUGGCUCUGCUGCCAAGGUGCCAGAACCGGCUGGUAACCCAACACACAUUGGAAAGGGGUUAGGUUAGUGGAGGAAUGGCGUAGGGAAUUCUGGGCCAUCUCGGCCCAGGGAACGUACCUUGCCCACUCCUCCGGCCGGUCCUGGCAGUAUGUUCUAAGAAACCUACCCACAUCCUGGUUCACGCGUUCCACCUGCCCAUUACUCUCCGGGUGGUAACCCGAGGUGAGGCUCACCGAGACCCCCAACCGCUCCAUAAAGGCUCUCCAGACCCUGGAGGUAAAUUGGGGACCUCGAUCAGACACAAUAUCCUCGGGUACCCCGUAGUGCCGGAACACAUGGGUGAAUAGUGCUUCGGCAGUUUGCAGGGCGGUAGGAAGGCCCGGCAUGGGGAGCAAACGACAGGCCUUAGAAAACCGGUCCACAACGACCAGUAUAGUGGUAUUCCCCUGUGAAGGAGGAAGGUCAGUAAGGAAAUCCACAGAGAGGUGAGACCAUGGUCGUUGUGGAACGGACAGGGGUAUUAACUUACCCCUAGGCAGAUGUCUAGGCGCCUUACACUGGGCGCACACCGAGCAGGAGGAAACAUAAACCCUCACAUCCCUUGCCAACGUGGGCCACCAGUACUUGGCACUAAGACAGUGCACUGUCCGGCCGAUACCAGGGUGUCCAGAGGAGGGUGACGUGUGAGCCCAAUAGAUCAAUCGAUCCCGAACCUCGAGCGGAACGUACUUCCGACCCUCCGGGCAUUGUGGUGGACUAGGGUCGGUGCGUAACGCCCGCUCGAGCUCAGCAUCGACCUCCCACACUACCGGUGCCACCAGACACGACUCCGGCAGUAUGGGAGUGGGCUCCACGGACCUCUCCUCCGUGUCAUACCGCCGAGACAGUGCAUCUGCCUUACCGUUCUGUGACCCAGGGAUGUACGUGAUCUUAAAUGUAAACCGGGUCAAAAACAUGCUCCAUCUUGCCUGACGAGGGUUCAGCCUCCUCGCUGCCCGGAUGUACUCCAGGUUACGGUGGUCCGUCAAAAUGAGGAAAGGGUGUUGAGCCCCCUCAAGCCAGUGCCUCCACACCUUUAGGGCCUGUACCACGGCUAACAGCUCCCUGUCCCCUACGUCAUAGUUUCGCUCCGCCGGACUGAGCUUCUUAGAAUAAAAAGCACAGGGGCGGAGUUUAGGUGGCGCGCCUGACCGUUGUGAAAGCACGGCUCCUAUACCGGCCUCAGACGCGUCCACCUCUACCUGAAAUGGCAAAGAGGGAUCCGGAUGCGCCAGCACCGGGGCCGAGGUAAACAGGUCCUUCAGCCUCCCAAACGCCCUGUCCGCCUCGGCAGACCACUGCAGACGCACCGGACCCCCCUUCAAAAGAGACGUGAUGGGAGCUGCCACCUGUCCAAAACCCCAGAUAAACCUCCGGUAGUAAUUCGCAAACCCCAAAAACUGCUGCACCUCCUUCACAGUAGUUGGCGUUUGCCAAUUACGCACGGCUGACACCCGGUCUACCUCCAUCUUCACCCCUGACGCAGACAACUGAUACCCCAAAAAGGAGACCGACUCCUGGAAAAACAGACACUUCUCUGCCUUAACAUACAGGUCGUGCUCCACCAGCCUCCGCAACACUCUGCGCACCAGGGCCACAUGCUCGACACGGGUAGGCGAGUACACGAGAAUGUCAUCUAUGUACACAACCACCCCCUGCCCCUGCAUGUCCCUGAAGAUCUCAUCCACGAAUGAUUGGAAAACUGACGGAGCGUUCAUCAACCCGUAUGGCAUGACAAGAUACUCGUAAUGGCCCGAGGUGGUACUAAAGGCUGUCUUCCAUUCAUCGCCCUCCCUGAUGCGCACCAAGUUGUACGCGCUCCUGAGAUCUAAUUUAGUGAAGAAACGCGCCCCAUGCAAAGACUCAGUCAUGGUCGCAAUCAGCGGGAGUGGAUAACUAUACUUCACCGUGAUCUGAUUGAGACCACGGUAAUCGAUGCACGGGCGUAAACCACCAUCCUUUUUCUUCACAAAAAAGAAACUCGAGGACGCAGGGGAAGUGGAAGGCCGUAUGUAUCCUUGUCUCAGAGAUUCGUCUAUGUAAGUCUCCAUAGCUUUCUUCUCCUCCUGAGACAGAGGAUACACAUGGCUCCGUGGAAGCGCAGCUCCUGCCUGGAGGUCUAUCGCACUGGAGGUCUAUCGCACAUCUCCCUGCCUAUGGGGCGGCAACCGCGUCGCCCUCGACUUACUAAACGCAAUAGCCAAAUCCCCAAACUCAGGGGGAACGUGCAAUGCGGGCACCUGGUUUGGACUCUCCACCGAGGUAGCCCCUACGGAAACGCCCAAACAUCGACCCACACACUGGGCAGACCACUCCAUCAGAGCCCUCUCCUGCCACGAAAUAGAUGGGUUAUGGGUACUCAACCAGGGCAUGCCCAGCACCACCGGAUACGCAGGCGAGUCAAUCAGAAAUAGCUGAAUCAUCUCCUGAUGACCCCCCUGCGCACACAUCCUAAGUGGCGCAGUGACCUCCCUGAUUAAGCCCGCACCCAACGGACGGCUAUCUAGGUCAUGAACGGGGAAAGGGACAUCAACAGGAAGAAGGGGAAUCCCUAAGGCUAAACAAAACUUCUUAUCAACAAAAUUCCCAGCCGCGCCUGAAUCUACCAGCGCCUUAUGCUGGGAAUGAGGUGCUACCUGUGGAAAACGCACAGGUAUACAGAAAUGUGCAACAGAGAGCUCUGGGUGAGUGGGGCGCCUACUCACCUGGAAGGAAUCCCCAGUGCGGGACCUGUCGUCCCUUUCCCCUAGGAGGCCAUCCCCAGCACCUAGCCGCGGUGUGUCCUCCCCGACCACAGUUGGUGCAGGAGAUGGACCCCCUCGUAAGCCGACCCCUCCUCUCUCUAGCGCCAGCGCCCCCGAGCUCCAUGGGGCACGGCUCGGAGGCGCUGGAGGGUGAAAUGGACGGACCCCCCUCGGAACGUCCGCGGGUAGCUAGCAGGUUAUCGAGCCUGAUAGACAUGUCGACCAACUGGUCGAACGUGAGGCUGGUGUCCCUACAGGCCAGCUCCCGACGGACGUCCUCGCGAAGACUACAUCUGUAGUGAUCGAUGAGAGCCCGCUCAUUCCACCCUGCAUCUGCCGCUAGAGUACGGAAUUCGAGGGCGAACUCCUGGGCACUCCUCCUCCCUUGUCGGAGGAAGAGCAGACGCUCCCCCGCCGCUUUCCCCUCCGGGGGAUGGUCAAACACCGCCCUGAAGCGGCGGGAGAACUCGUCGUAGGUGAUGGUAUCCGCGUCGAUCCUCCUCCACUCCGCGUUGGCCCAUUCCAACGCCUUCCCGGAAAGGCAGGAGAUCAGGGCGGACACGCUCUCAUGUCCCGAGGGCGCCGGGUGCACGGUGGCCAGGUAUAGCUCCACCUGGAGAAGGAAUCUCUGACACCCGGCCGCGGUCCCAUCGUAGGCCCUCGGGAGCGAGAGUCGAACUCCUCGGGGUUCCGGAGCAGGAAUGGGCUGACUGGCCGAUGGUGCUGGCAGGGAGGGUGGCGGUGGAGGAGUCCCCCAGCCUCGGAUGGUGGUGAUCACCUCCUGCAGUGCGGACCCCAUCUGCAGGAUCUGGUCACUUUGUUCCCGGACCUUGUCCUCCAGCGUCGCCUGGGCUGCUGCGGCUCCUGCUGAUUCCAUCUUGAAGGUGUGUGAUUCUGUCAAGAGUGCUGUAGGUGGGUGUAGUGGUGGAAUCAAGCGCAGGACACCGAAGUAUAGUCCAAAAGACUUUAGUACUAUUUCCAACAAGGAAAAUACGAGCACACUUGCCCGAAGGCGAAAUUAUGCACGAAGGCGACAAAAAUAAAGGCGCACUAAACAUGUGCGAAAAUGCUCCAACGCAGUGGAGUGAAGCUCAACCGAGCGAGAAUGCAAUAAACAAGCAACACACGACAGAAAAUAAAUCAAUCACACACAACACUAGACAAACACAACGAGAAACUUAUAGGACACUAAUUACGCUAAACGAGAACAGGUGUCACAACAAACAGACAAAAGCAAACGAACAUGAAACAUACAACGGUGGCAGCUAGUAUUCCGGAGACAACGAACGCCGAAGCCUGCCCGAACAAGGAAGAGAGGCAGCCUCGGCCGAAACCGUGACACAAUAGACACUAACCAAACACGGAACAAGAUCCCACAAACACUGUGGCAAAACAGGCUACCUAAGUAUGGUUCCCAAUCAGAGACAACAAGCAACAGCUGAUUCAUGUUGCCUCUGAUUGAGAACCACACCGGCCAACAUAGAAACAAAUGAACUAGAUAAACAACCUAGCACACAAAACACAUAGAAACAACCCACCCUGGCUCAACAUAACAGAGUCCCAGAGCCAGGGCGUGACAAAAACAGGGAAUUGUUACUAGGAUUAAAUGUCAGGAAUUGUGUAAAACUGAGUUAAAAUGUAUUUGACUAAGGUGUAUGUAAACUUCCGACUUCAACUGUAGAUCUGACAACCUAACCUUUUUGUUUUCAGUGAAUGCCUACAUUGUUGGUUGAUAUCCUCAAAAUAGUUUUCAGUUAUGCCAAAUUUCACCUUCUCUGUAAUAAUACUGUACAAUACAAAGUGUGACCAUUUACAGUACUUUUGUUAAGAUGAUUAUCUCCAUUCUUCAACAGUUAGUGCUAUUCGGGAUCCUUGGGAUUUCCUUACCCUAACCCUAGGGACGUCCCUACCUGUACCCUUUCCCUAUUCUUAACACUUACCAUAACCAUUUCAAAUUUGAACGUAAAUGGGGUAGGGACGUACCAAUUUAAAUGCGGUAGGGACGUACCAAUGAUCCCAGAUAGCAAGGACCGUUCUUCAACACUGUAGUAAAUAGUAAAAUGGGGAUCUGUGAUAGAAUCAUAAUACACAACCUGUGUGUUAGCUACAGUACAGUAUAUUGUGAUUUUCCUACAGUGGAUGAAACUAAGCUUUGAUAAAAUGUAUUGUAUUUCUCUGAGAUCAAAACCUAGGCCACAAUGCAUCCGACAUUCCUAACAAGACUGCAACACAACAUGCAUUUGAAUGGGAUAUCGUAGUAGGUGCCAGGCACACCGGUUUGAGUUUGAGUGUGUCAAGAACUGCAACCAUGAUGCGUUGUUCACGCUCAACUGUUUCCCGUGUGUAUCAAGAAUGGUCCACCACCCAAAGGACAUCCAGCCAACUUGACACAACUGUGGGAAGCAUUGGAGUCAACAAGGGCCAGCAUGUUUUCGACACCUUGUGGAGUCCAUGCCCCGACAAAUUGAUCUGAGGGCAAAAGGGAGUGCAACUUAAUAUUCGGAAGGUGAUCCGAAUGUUUUGUAUGUCUCAUCACAUCUGUAAAUGUCAGCUGGGCCAGUGUGUGUCUUCAAAGUAAUUACUAAGGGAAAGAUGUACCUCCUAAGGCAAAUUGAAAUUAUUCAGCUACAAUACCCCAACAAAGAACGAACACAAAGAGCAUUCAAAAGUAUCUCAGUUAUUGAAAGUGGUAUUAAUGAGUAAAGAAUCUGUGACAUAGACCGAAACCAUAUCUUGAGAUAAAGAGGUAAACUCCUGUCUUUCUCCUCUUUUGCAGCGUUAGUACAGGAUACGUCAUUGAAGAGGAUAUGGGCCAUCGUCAUAGUCAUGUUUGGAGUGGUGCUAUUUGACUUUGCAGCAGACUUCAUCGAUGGGCCAGUCAAGGCCUACCUCUUUGAUGUCUGCUCGUACAUAGACAAAGAAAGAGGACUGCACUACCACGCCCUUCUCACUGGUAAGCAAUGGCUGAUGACAUGCAGUAGCCUCCCUCUCACUUUGUCAGAACUUAGUGUUGGGUUGAUUGGCUUUGACAGUUAUGCUGUCUGGUAUGUACGAACAUAGCAAUAAGAACCUAUGACAUGUACAGAUUAAAUAUACACUGAACAAAAAUAUAAACGCAAUAUGUAAAGUGCUGGUCACAUUUUUCAUGAGCUGAAAUAAAAGAGACCAGAAAUUUUCCAUAUGCACAAAAAGCUUAUUUCUCUCAGAUUUUGCACACACAUUUGUUUACAUCCCUGUUAGUGAGCAUUUCUCCUUUGCCAAUAUAAUCCAUCCACCUGACAGGAGUGGUAUAUCAAGAAGCUGAUGAAACAGCAUGAUCAUUACACAGGUGCACAUUGUGCUGGGGAUAAUAAAAGGCCAUUCUAAAAUGUUCAUUUUUGUCACAUAACACAAUGCCACAGAUCUCUCAAGUUUUGAGGGAGCAUGCAAUUGGCAUGCUGACUGCAGGAAUAUCCACCAAAGCUGUUGUCAGAGAAUUGAUGUUAAUUUCUCUACCAUAGUAACAUGCAGACGGCCCUCAGAGCUCGCCCAGUCAGUCAGUCACUGAUUGAGUGAGGGAACAAGCAUGUGAGUAGGUAUUUGAGUGUAUUGGCAAGUGAGUAAGUGGACUCAGUUGAUGGCAAGGAAGCCGGCACAGGGUGGUGUGAGUGUGUACAGUACGCCCUAAUCCAGCAGAUACUCAGUCAUGGGUUGGAACUGAGAGAGAAGGGAGGCACAUGACCUGCUAGUCACCGUAGCUCUGGUGUGUGGAGGAAUGUGUGUGUGUGUGUGUGUGUGUGUGUGUGUGUGUGUGUGUGGACGUGUUUAACUAUACUUGUGGGAAUCAGAAGUCCCCACAAGAAUAGUAAACCAAGAAAAAUUUGACCAACUGGGGACAUUUUGUUGGUCCCCACAAGGUCAAAUGCUAUUUCUAGGGGGUUAAGGUUAGGAUUAGUGUUAGGGUUAGGAGCUAGGGUUAGGUUUUUGGGUUAGGGUUAGGGUUAGGGUGAAGGUAAGGGUACGGGUUAGGGUUAGGUUUGGGUUUAGGGAAAAUAGGAUUUUGAAUGGGACUGAAUUGUAUGUCCCCACAAGGUUAGCUGCGCAAGAUUGUGUGUGUUUUCUUUAUACAGAGAGGUUGGAUGUAAUGAUAUUUGUCUUUUGUGCUGUUCAUUAGCUUUGCAGUCACACAGCCUGAACAAAAAAUAUGCCUUGAACUUGCUUUUGACUACCCUCACAACUCACAAAACUUUAUUAACCUGUGAAUUUAGAGGUGACUAACUCGAGUCAAUUAUUGGAUAAAUGCGUGGAAAUAUACAAAUACAGAAACCACAAAAUAUUUCGUAUUGUGUUGUCCAAGAGCUUUGAAGUAUCUAUUGAUUAUUAUUUUAGAACUAGAGUUGUUUACAUCUUUAGAUGUUUUUAGAGAUUAGUGAAAUGUAUUCUGUCUGAGCAUGUGGAAUUUGUAUUUGUAUUUAUUAAGCAUCCCCAUUAGCUGCUGCCAGCAGCUAAUGGCAAUGCAUAAUAAAUACAAAUACAAAUUCCACAUACUCUUCCUGGGGUCCGGCAAAAUGAAGGCAGUUAUACAAUUUUUAAAACAUUACAAUACAUUCAUAACAGGCCCAUACCCCACUACCACAUAUCUACAACACAGAAUUCAUGUGUACUUGUGUGUAUAGUGUGUGUUAUGUGUGUGUAUGCAUGUGUCUGUGUCUGUUUGUGUUGCUUCACUGUCCCUACUGUUCUAUAAGGUGUAUUUGUAUCUUUAAAAAAAAAAUCUGAUUCUACUGCUUGCAUCAGUUACCUAAUGUGGAAUAGAGUUCCAUAUAGUCAUGGCUCUAUGUAGUAUUGUGUGCCUCCCAUAGUCUGUUCUGGACUUGGGGACUGUGAAGAGCCCUCUGGUGGCAUGCCUUGUGGGGUAUGCAUGGGUGUCUGAGCUGUGUGCUAGUCGUUUAAACAGACAGCUCGGUGCUUUCAACAUGUCAAUACCUCUCACAAAUACAAGUAUUGUAGUGGAACGUUAAUGGACUUUAUGGUCUUUGGUUUUAUAUCCAUUAAUUUUAACUCACUCUAUCUCCAACCAUCAAAUUAGAAUACUGUAAAACUUCAAUUAAUAGCCCAAGCGUUUUUCUGAAAUCACUGAACACAACAGGCGCUUAGAGACAUGCUUUUAUAUGAACCAGGCGUCUAUUUCCUUAAUGCACACAGCUUUUGCUCAUUUGCAUACAUAAUAGUUAAAUUCCAGCAUUCACUUCCAGCAUUUUAAUCAAUUUCUUCAUUUUCUGCACUGUGUUAUCAUUUACACACUGUGUCUUUUGCCUUAGUAUACCUCUAUUUUGAGAGAAAAAAAACUUUUCCUUGACAGACUAAUUAUUCUCCUCUUUGACUGUGCAUUUUCGGCCGAUUUAUAAGGGUCUGUACUCCCGAAGUUGUUGACUGUUUUUAUUCUUGCCAGUUAGUUAGCAGUUCUCAGCUGUUAGCAGCCAUUGGCUAGCAGUUUCUUACUGGUGAUAAAAACGGAUGAUUGCCACAAUUUCUUUGUUGUUGUCAUUACUCAAUUAUUUAAUGUAACAAAUGAAACAUAAAACCUCAAACAAUUCAUGGUAAUUAAUGGUAACCUUUGUAUACAAUUCAUUUAGACCCAGUGUUUAUUUGAAACAGGCAAUUAUUUGCUGAAAUGUGUGCUGUUGCCCGGUUAUUUGAGAGACUGCGUUUCAUUGAAGUUUUACGGUAAUGCAGAUGUGACUUUUUCUAAUCUGCUUCUAUGAAUGGAUACAAAAUUGAUAAAGUUGUACUAGAUUCUAUGCAAUACCAUACUGUUUACCAUAAUGGAAGGUGGGGGAAAGGGUUGCAAAAUCCCGGGAACGUUCAAUAAAUUCCAUGGUUUUCCUGAAAUCCCGUUUGGAAGUUUUCCGGAAUCAGAAGUGAAUAAACUGGAAAUCCAGAAUUCUCCAUCCAGGAUUUCUGGGAAACCAGGGAAUGUAUUGAAAGUUCCCUAGAGGGGGCCAGAGAUACUAUAUACAGUGGGGGAAAAAGUAUUUAGUCAGCCACCAAUUGUGCAAGUUCUCCCACUUAAAAAGAUGAGAGAGGCCUUGUCACACCCUGGCUCUGGGGACUCUAUAUGUUGAGCCAGGGUGUGUAGAUUAUAUGUAUUCUAGUUCUGUGUUGUAGGUCUAUGUGUUCUAUUUAUAUGUUGGCCAGUGUGGUUAUCAAUCAGAGGCAACGAGUGUCAGCUGUGGCUGGUUGUCUCUGAUUGGGAACCACAUUUAAACAGUCUGUUUUCCCUUAGUGUUUGUGGGAUCUUGUUCCGUUUGGGUUGUGUUUACCGUAGGACGUCACGUUUUCGUUUUGUUGUUUUGUUCGUGCAUUCAUUAUAUAAAUAAAUAUGUUCGUUCAUCACGCUGCGCCUUUGUCCUCCUCUCUUACCGACGAUCGUGACAGAAGAUCCCACCAUACCAGGACCAAGCAGCGUGUCCAGGAGCAGGCAGCCUGGACGUGGGAGCAGAUCUUGGACGGGCAGGGGUCCUGGACCUGGGAGGAAAUCCAGGCCGGGAUGGAUCGCCGUCCAUGGAGUGAGACGGUAGAGGCGCGACGGAGAGACGAGCAACGGCGUCAACAAGUAAGUCGUCGGACGGACGAGAGGCAACCCCAAAAAUUUUUUAGGGGGGGGCAUACGGCAUGGGCGACGGGGCAGCAGGAGGCAGCUACAGGGCGUAGUAGGAGGUUAGGUGAGGAGGCCACCAGGUUAAGGGGGCUAUUGGCGCAGAGGGAGCAGGAGUUAGUGGUGCAGAGGGUGGAGCUAUUGGAGGCGAUAAGGGAGAAGGUGAGAAUUGAGGCACGGCGAGAGGAACUUAGUAGGCAGCUGAGGGAGCGGAGGGUUAUGACGAAACCCAGUCCCGCUCCUCACACCAAGCAAGUGGUGUGCGUCACCAGUCCGGUCCGGCCCGUUCCUUCUUCCCGCACUAAGUGGAUGGUGCGCGUCGCCAGCCCAACCCGGCCUGUUCCUGUUCCUCGCACCAAGCCUAAGAUGUGCGUCGCCAGCCCGGCCCGGCCUGUUCCUGCUCCUCGCACCAAGCCUACGGUGUGCGUCGCCAGCCCGGCCCGGCCUGUUCCUGCCACUCGCACCAAGCCUACGGUGCGCGUCGCCAGCCCGGCCCGGCCUGUUCCUGCCACUCGCACCAAGCCUACGGUGCGCGUCGCCAGCCCGGCCCGGCCUGUUCCUGCCACUCGCACCAAGCCUACGGUGCGCGUCGCCAGCCCGGCCCGGCCUGUUCCUGCCACUCGCACCAAGCCAGGGGUGCGAGUCGUCAGCCCGGCCCGGCCUGUUCCUGCCACUCGCACCAAGCCAGGGGUGCGAGUCGUCAGCCCGGUAAGGCCCGUUGCUGCUCCACGCACCAAACCAGGGGUGCGCAUCGUCAGCCCGGUCCGGCCCGUUCCUGCUCCACGCACCAAGCCAAGGGUGCGCAUCGUCAGUCCGGUCCGGUCCGUUCCUGCUCCACGCACCAAGCCAGGGGUGUGUGUCGUCAGUCCGGUCCGGCCCGUUCCUGCUCCACGCACCAAGCCAGGGGUGUGCGUCGUCAGUCCGGCACAACCCGUGCCUGGGUCACCGGUGCCUGGUCAGGUACCGGUCAGCUGCUCCACACCGGAGCUGAAGCAAUCCGCUCCUACGAUGUCCAGUCCAGCUCCAGCCAGCGGGGCCAGACCGGACCAGGGGCGCUACGGGGGGAGUAUUGAAGGGUGGUGGUCAAGCCCGGAGCCGGAACCGCCAUUCUAGUUCUGUGUUGUAGGUCUAUGUGUUCUAUUUCUAUGUUGGCCAGUGUGGUUCUCAAUCAGAGGCAACGAGUGUCAGCUGUGGCUGGUUGUCUCUGAUUGGGAACCACAUUUAAACAGUCUGUUUUCCCUUUGUGUUUGUGGGAUCUUGUUCCGUUUGGGUUGUGUUUACCGUAGGACGUCACGUUUUCGUUUUGUUGUUUUGUUCGUGCAUUCAUUAUAUAAAUAAAUAUGUUCGUUCAUCACGCUGCGCCUUGGGCCUCCUCUCUUACCGACGAUCGUGACAGGCCUGUAAUUUUCAUCAUAGGUACACGUCAACUAUGACAGACAAAAUGAGAAAAAAUUUCCAGAAAAUCACAUUGUAGGAUAUUUAAUGAAUUUAUUUUGCAAAUUAUGGUGGAAAAUAAGUAUUUGGUCAAUAACAAAAGUUUCUCAAUACUUUGUUAUAUACCCUUUGUUGGCAAUGACACAGGUCAAACGUUUUCUGUAAGUCUUCACAAGGUUUUCACACACUGUUUCUGGUAUUUUGGCCCAUUCCUCCAUGCAGAUCUCCUCUAGAGCAGUGAUGUUUUGGGGCUGUCGCUGGGCAACACGGACUUUCAACUCCCUCCAAAGAUUUUCUAUGGGGUUGAGAUCUGGAGACUGGCUAGGCCACUCCAGGACCUUGAAAUGCUUCUUACGAAGCCACUCCUUCGUUGCCCAGGCGGUGUGUUUGGGAUCAUUGUCAUGCUGAAAGACCCAGCCACGUUUCAUCUUCAAUGCCCUUGCUGAUGGAAGGAGGUUUUCACUCAAAAUCUCACGAUACAUGGCCCCAUUCAUUCUUUCCUUUACACGGAUCAGUCGUCCUGGUCCCUUUGCAGAAAAACAGCCCCAAAGUAUGAUGUUUCCACCCCCAUGCUUCACAGUAGGUAUGGUGUUCGUUGGAUGCAACUCAGCAUUCUUUGUCUUCCAAACACGACAAGUUGAGUUUUUACCAAAAAGUUAUAUUUUGGUUUCAUCUGACCAUAUGACAUUCUCCCAAUCCUCUUCUGGAUCAUCCAAAUGCACUCUAGCAAACUUCAGACGGGCCUGGACAUGUACUGGCUUAAGCAGGGGGACACGUCUGGCACUGCAGGAUUUGAGUCCCUGGCGGCGUAGUGUGUUACUGAUGGUAGGCUUUGUUACUUUGGUCCCAGCUCUCUGCAGGUCAUUCACUAGGUCCCCCCGUGUGGUUCUGGGAUUUUUGCUCACCGUUCUUGUGAUCAUUUUGACCCCACGGGGUGAGAUCUUGCGUGGAGCCCCAGAUCGAGGGAAAUUAUCAGUCGUCUUGUAUGUCUUCCAUUUCCUAAUAAUUGCUCCCACAGUUGAUUUCUUCAAACCAAGCUGCUUACCUAUUGCAGAUUCAGUCUUCCCAGCCUGGUGCAGGUCUACAAUUUUAUUUCUGGUGUCCUUUGACAGCUCUUUGGUCUUGGCCAUAGUGGAGUUUGGAGUGUGACUGUUUGAGGUUGUGGACGUGUCUUUUAUACUGAUAACAAGUUCAAACAGGUGCCAUUAAUACAGGUAAUGAGUGGAGGACAGAGGAGCCUCUUAAAGAAGAAGUUACAGGUCUGUGAGAGCCAGAAAUCUUGCUUGUUUGUAGGUGACCAAAUACUUAUUUUCCACCAUAAUUUGCAAAUAAAUUCAUUAAAAAUCCUAGAAUGUGAUUUUCUGCAGAAAAAAAAUCUCAAUUUGUCUGUCAUAGUUGACGUAUACCUAUAAUGAAAAUUACAGGCCUCUCUCAUCUUUUUAAGUGGGAGAACUUGCACAAUUGGUGGCUGACUAAAUACUUUUUUCCCCACUGUAUAUACCUUACAUACAGAUAUAGCCUACCAUAUCGUUCUCUAUAUAUGGCUCUAGAGAGGCUUUUUGAUAUUAUAGUCAGGGAGUAGGGCAGUGACAUUUGAGGUACUCAAACUCAAUGCAUAAUUUCUGAGAAUGUUUCAGCUGCAAGCAGGUUUCUCAUUGUAGGAUGCAGGAUUUAGAAUUCAGGGAACAUACUGUAUGUCCAGACUUAAUGCAGGCAGACACUUGACAUCAAAUCCCAGUUUGAUAUACUCAAAAGUGCUGCACAAUUUAUGAGAACGUUUGAUUUACAGGUUUCUCAAUGUAGGGUAAGAAUUGAGGGAACAUAUGUCCAGAUUAUUGGGAUAUGUUUGACAGAACAAGCCACUUAUCUGUGUGCAGGAUCUUACUUACUACGUGACAAAACACAUUUAUCAUUACUCCCAGGUUCUCUGAGAUCACCCAGCCUCAACAUUGCAUUGUGACAUGAGCUUUGUAUUCAGAUGCAAGAAGCAUUCUUGUCACGCCAUGGCUCUAGGGACUCUUUUAAGUUGAGCCAGGGUGUGUAGAGUUUAUGUUUUGUGCUCGUUGUGUCUAGUCUAGUUUUUGUAUAUCUAUGUUGGCCAGAGUGGUUCUCAAUCAGAGGCAACGAGUAUCAGCUGUUGCUGGUUGUCUCUGAUGGGAACCAUAUUUAGUCAGGUGGUUUUCCCACAGUGUUUGUGGGAUCUUGUUCCGUGUUGGUUUGUGUUUUGCACCGGUGGACGUCACGUAUCGAUUUGUUGUUUUGUUCGUGUAUCAUUUAAUAAAUAAGUAUGUUCACCUUCCACGCUGCGCCUUGGUCCUCUAUAUCCGACGAUCAUGACAAUUAUUUUAUAAAUCAGACCCUUUAUGUAUUUAAUACAGCACACAUUGUAUUCAUGGUAAAAUACACAACCACCACAGGCAAAUCUUUUUGCAGAUGAUCAUAUCAUAUGCAAUCCAGGAAUUGUACUGUAUUUAAAAACAUUUGCCUGAGGUGGUUUUGAAAUUUUCCAUGAAGAUAGUGUGUAUACUAUCUGAUGAUUGCUUACAUUUACAUAAUUUAGCAGACACUCUUAUCCAGAGCAACUUACAGUAGUGAGUGCAUACAUUUUCAUACUGGUCCCCCGUGGGAAUCGCGCCAUGCUCUACCAACUGAGCCACACAGGACCUGUGCUAUGACAAGUGGCCUAGGGCCCCCAUCACCUGACCUGAUAACCAAUCUGUAUUGUGUCUGUUGCAGGGCUGGGGGGUGCCUUUGGGUACCUCGUGGGAGCCAUGGACUGGGGUCACUCGUCCCUGGGCCGACUGCUGGGGUCAGAGUACCAGGUCAUCUACUUCUUCUCUGCUCUGACCUGGACGGUGUUCCUCAUCGUGCAUCUCUUCAGCAUCCCAGAGAUACCCCUGUUCAAGGAUGGUAGUUUGGACUCGUUACCCCCUAAUGCCCUCCUCCUCCUCAUCACACACUGUAGCAGUGGUGGCUAUGGAUCCCUGCAUGAUUCCAUGUCCAAAGAGUUGGAGCCAGACCUCCGGCCUCGUUCAUUCUCUGCCCUGAUGGAGGCCAAUUCAGUCACAUCCAGCUCCAAACAACCUAACAAAGAGGUAUGUCAUAGACACAGGAAGGAGUCUAGUGUGGCUGACAUUUUCUACACUGUAAAAAAAUAAAAGUUUACUUUAGAGAGAUGGCAAAUUUUGUAUCCAGCAAAGUUAAUCAGAAAUAGUUAACAAUGUUAAAGUUAGCUAGCAUAAAUAUCUGUGCUCUCCCCUCAAUCUUAGCUAGAUAGAUAAAGGUACACUGCAUCUAAAGUCAAUCUGGCGAAAUCACAAUGAUAACAAAAGCUUAUCCUACUAAUUAUUUGCCUUUUUAAAUAUCCUCGUGUUUCCAAGCCACUGUAAUGCACUUUAGACAAAAUCUUAAUCAGCACCCAUUGAGACUGCAUUGAGUAGAAUUAUCAGCUGGGCAUCAGUCCUGAAAUGACUGUUCAAAACAAUAUUGUGACGAAACGUGCAACCAUGAAUACUGUAUUUUAGAGGCAACACAACAAAGCGAUUUGUCUAUGAAACUACACACACUGAAGAAAUGUAAAAUCCUUUGAAAGACAUCUGUGUUUAAUGCCGUCAGUGUUUAUUAAGAAGAAUAUGAUCACACUAGAGUAAUCUUGAUGUACACCCAGUGUAUAGUUUACAUGCUGUGAGUUUGUGUUUUAUGUUCAUAUCUAUUGGCACUUCUAUUAAAUGUUAUAUUAAAAAGAGUUUGACUACCUCUUGAGUAUCUCCUUGGGUAAAAGCUCUUGAUUUACCCCAGAGGAGAUAUGCCUUACUAACUAUUUACAAAGUACAGUGGGACCUUGGUGUUUUGUGACAGUAGUCUCACGAAAUUUCAAGUUUCAAAGUUUAUUCGCCAUGUGCACAGGAUACAAGGGGUGUAAAACAGUACAGUGAAAUUCUUACCUUGAACUCUUUCCCAACAAUGCAAUGAUAAUAAUAAUAUAGAUAAUAAUAGAAAAUAGAGUAAAAUAAUACAACAACAAAAAAACAUACCAGAACUACGAUGUGAGUUAAAGAAACCUCCAGGCUGUGUUAUGGCUAUUUUACCAAGAAGGAGAGUGAUGGAGUGCUGCUUAGAUGACCUGGCCUCCACAAUCCCCCGACCUCAACCAAAUUGAGAUGGUUUGGGAUGAGUUGGACCACAGAGUGAAGGAAAAUCAGCCAACAAGUGCUCAGCAUAUGUUGUAACUCCUUCAAGACUGUUGGAAAAGCAUUCCAGGUGAAGCUGGUUGAGAGAAUGCCAAGAGUGUGCAAAGCUGUCAUCAAGGCAAAGGGUGGCUAUUUGAAGAAUCUCAAAUAUAAAAUAUAUUUUGAUUUGUUUAACACUUUUUGGGUUACUACAUUAUUCCAUAUGUGUUAAUUAAUAGUUUUGAUGUCUUCAUUAUUUUUCUACAAUGUAGAAAAUAGUAAAAAUAAAGAAAAACCCUUGAAUAGGUGUUCUAAAACAUUUGACCGGUAGUGUAUGUAGGAUCUUAAUUUGAACACUCCUAUGGUGCUGAGGAAAUGCAGGAAAUGCUGAUGAGCUUCAUAAUUUACAUAAAUUAACUGAAAACCCACACUAACCAGUGGUGACCCGUCAUUCAGGGCAGGUGGGGCAUGUUAUUUUGGCAUUAAUACGUGUCACAUAUCAGUUUGCAAACAAUGUAAAAAAAUUUAAAUAGCAUUGAAUUAAUAAAGCCGCAUACAAACAUGGUCUCUUUUUUGCUUUCUUGGGUAAGGCAGCUCCAAGAUGCAGGUGUUUCAGCCUAGCUCAGUGCUUUCUGUGGUGGUGGGGCAGCCAGUGAAAAAUACAGAGCGUAGGGGUUGGUAAUGUUCUCUAGUUGCGCUGUGAUUGGCUCAGUGUUCUAUCACUCAUGGGGACACUCUCACCGCAAAAUCUACGGGGAUAGCUCGAAAAUUCAAGCCCCUUGGGUGCUGCCAUAGUUACAUUAGAAGUGCCCAUCCAAGAAGGCCUUAGGUUAUUGGCCACAGAUAAAAUUACAUCAAAUCACGAUAUAUCUACCGUAGCUUUGAUUGGACUGAUCAUGUCAUCAUCAUACUUUCAAAAUCUUAGCUAGCAAGCUAGACAAGCAGUCAUCAUCAUGAAUCACGUCGACAGUCUACUGGCAAAUCCUUUUUUUUUUAUUAUAGAAAUUAUAAAUAAAACAUAUCGGUGCUCAUCGGCCAUUGAACAUAAACAUUACACAUCAAGUUGGAAAUCGCAAAUUCAACAAUGAGUGGUUUGGAAGGAAUCAGUGGGUAACUGCAUGCGUUGCAAAGCAAACACUAGCCUGCUAUUCAGUGGAGUGAGUGUCUGGUCCAAGUCUGGUUUUAAGGGUCUCUUUCCCAAGCUUAAAAGGAUAAACAUUCAACACCAUAGACCAGGAAAGGUUAAAUACAUUGGCCAUGCUGUCAAUCCAGCAUGACUUCUGCUGCGUUCAAAACAACUAGAAACUUGGAAAUGUGAAAUCUCAGACUUCAUUGAGUUCAAGACAACUGGGAACUCUGAAAAAAACUAUCUCCGACUGGGGAAAAUACGUUUUGAAUGGUCAUCCAACUUGGAAUUCUAAGUCGGGAAUGCGGGCCGCUUUCUAGAGCUCCGACCUGAACAUCACUGAAGUCAUGAUUCAACCUUGUUUUUUUCCGAGUUCCCUGUUGUCUUGAAAGCACCAUAAAUCCAGAGAAUGCCAGACUUUGAGAACAAAGUUUGAUGACAAAUUUGCCCGCAAGGACCGCCGUGUCACCUUCCUGUUCAAGUGAGCACAGCACAACAAGGUGAGUCCAAAAAUGUCUUGUAUGCUGCUGCAUAAAUCAUGUAAUAUGCCAGGGAGAUAUGUAUACUGUAGCUAAGUGUUAUGAUGAGUUUUCUGGUAUCGAGUAAUUCAGUAUGCAAGAGAAUAGUUAAACACUUAGAUGGAGAGUUGGUUCAAAGUAUUUAAUAUUACAGUACCGGAUUCACAUGACAAGCGGUACGGGCGUAGCCUAUUGUCAUCUGAAUGACUUACGUAGAAAACCUCUUAGUUUAUAUUUCCAAGAUGGCAUAGCAGUGCGGUCGUGUAUUCUGUAGUGUGCUCGGGUAAAUAGCCAGUUUUUUUUGUCUUUUUCGUAUAUAUUUCUCAAUCUCACUUUUCAUCCUUCAACUAAAUAUACUUUCCUGCAACCCUCCUCAACCAAUGUGGAACGGAUUCUAUUAUUUCUCAUACCUUUUUAUCAAGAACCUCCAUCUGAAACUAGCCAGCUAUCCAGCUAACUAGCUACUUGCUCGCUACUUGCUAUUAGCCACCGUUAGUGGUUUUCACCAUUGUCCGUGGCCUGCACAACCUACCAGCCAGCUCUAGCCUGGACAAUUAUCAGCCAGUCUGCACAGCGCGCUAUCGACCCAGAACAUAUCAGAUUUUCUGCUGGAAUCACUGAAUCACUGGACCUUUAACACCGGAUCAUCGCAACUAGCUAGCUGCAACCGAAUGGAUGUUGUUGUUGGCUAAUCACCACUGCCCCGAAACAAGCACCAGUUAGCCUUGAGCUAGCCUCGAGCCAGGCCCAUCUCCCGGCUAUCUACCUCUCUGUCAACCGGACGGGACCUCCUACUGUCGACACGGAGCCCCGCCAAUCCAUCACGACUGGUCUGCCAACGUAAUCGUCUGAUGUGGUUUCAACAGGCUUCCCGUUGCGACACCCACGAAGAUCCACCUCCUCUGUUCCUCUGGUGAUGUAGAGGUUAACUCAGGCCCUGUAGCCCCCAGUAUCACUCCUACUCCCCAGGCGCUAUCAUUUGUUGACUUUUGUAAGCGUAAAAGCCUUGGUUUCUUGCAUGUUAACAUCAGAAGCCUCCUCCCUAAGUUUGAGUUAUUCACUGCGUUAGCACACUCCGCCAACCCUGAAGUUCUAGCAGUGUCUGAAUCCUGGCUUAGGAAGGCCACCAAAAACUCUGAAAUUUCCAUCCCCAACUACAACAUUUUCCGUCUAGAUAGAACUGCCAAAGGGGGCGGAGUUGCAAUCUACUGUAGAGAGAGCCUGCAGAGCUCUAUCAUACUAUCCAGGUCUGUGCCCAAACAGUUUGAGCUUCUACUUCUAAAAAUCCACCUUUCCAGAAAUAAGUCUCUCACUGUUGCCGCUUGCUACAGACCCCACUCAGCCCCCAGCUGUGACCUGGACACCAUAUGUGAAUUUAUUGCCCCCCAUCUAUCCUCAGAGUUCGUACUGCUGGUGACCUAAACUGGGAUAUGCUUAACACCCUGGCCGUCCUACAAUCUAAACUAGAUGCCCUCAAUCUCACACAAAUUAUCAAGGAACUUAUCAGGUACAACCCUAAAUCCGUAAACAUGGGCACCCUAAUAGAUAUCAUCCUGACUAAUUUACCCUCUAAAUACACCUCUGCUGUCUUCAACCAGGAUCUCAGCAAUCACUGCCUCAUUGCCUGCGUCCGUAAUGGGUCCGCGGUCAAACGACCAUCCCUCAUCACUGUCAAACGCUCCCUAAAACACUUCAGCGGGCACCUGGCCUGGAUAUCCUGGAUGGAUAUUGACCUCAUUCCGUCAGUAGCGGAUGCCUGGUUGUUCUUUAAAAGUGCUUUCCUCUCCAUCUUAAAUAAGCAUGCCCCAUUCAAAAAAUCCAGAACUAAGCACAGAUAUAGCUCCUGGUUCACCCCAGACUUGACUGCCCUUGACCAGCACAAAAACAUCCUGUGGCGUACUGCAUUAGCAUCAAACAGCCCCCACGAAAAGCAACUUUUCAGGGAAGUCAUGAACCAAUAUACGGUGAGGGAAAAAAGUAUUUGAUCCCCUGCUGAUUUUGUACAUUUGCCCACUGACAAAGAAAUGAUCAGUCUAUAAUUUUAAUGGUAGGUUUAUUUGAACAGUGAGAGACAGAAUAACAACAACAAAAUCCAGAAAAACACAUGUCAAAAAUGUUAUAAAUUGAUUUGCAUUUUAAUUAGGGAAAUAGGUAUUUGACCUCCUCUCAAUCAGAAAGAUUUCUGGCUCCCAGGUGUCUUUUAUACAGGUAACGAGCUGAGAUUAGGAGCACACUCUUAAAGGGAGUGCUCCUAAUCUCAGCUUGUUACCUGUAUAAAAAACACCUGUCCACAGAAGCAAUCAAUCAAUCAGAUUCCAAACUCUCCACCAUGGCCAAGACCAAAGAGCUGUCCAAGGACGUCAGGGACAAGAUUGUAGACCUAAACAAGGCUGGAAUGGGCUACAAGACCAUCGCCAAGCAGCUUGGUGAGAAGGUGACAACAGUUGGUGCGAUUAUUCGCAAAUGGAAGAAACACAAAAGGACUGUCAAUCUCCCUCGGCCUGGGGCUCCAUGCUAGAUCUCACCUCAUGGAGUUGCAAUGAUCAUGAGAACUGUGAGGAAUCAGCCCAGAACUACACGGAAGGAUCUUGUCAAUGAUCUCAAGGCAACUGGGACCAUAAUCACCAAGUUGAAGUUUGCCAAUUAACAUCUGAAUGAUUCUGAGGAGAACUGGGUGAAAGUGUUGUCGUCAGAUGAGACUAAAAUCGAGCUCUUUGGCAUCAACUCAACUCGACAUGUUUGGAGGAGGAGGAAUGCUGCCUAUGACCCCAGGAACACCAUUCCCACCGUCAAACAUGGAGGUGGAAACAUUAUGCUUUGGGGGUAUUUUUCUGCUAAGGGGACAUGACAUCUUCACCGCAUCAAAAAGACGAUGGACGGGGCCAUGUACCGUCAAUCCUUGGGCGAGAACCUCCUUCCCUCAGCCAGGGCAUUGAAAAUGGGUCGUGGAUGGAUAUUCCAGCAUGACAAUGACCCAAAACACACGGCCAAGGCAACAAAGGAGUGGCUCAAGAAGAAGCACAUUAAGGUCCUGGAGUGGCCUAGCCAGUCUCCAGACCUUAAUCCAAUAGAAAAUUGGUGGAGGGAGCUGAAGGUUCGAGUUGCCAAACAUCAGGCUCGAAACCUUAAUGACUUGGAGAAGAUCUGCAAAGAAGAGUGGGACAAAAUCCCUCCUGAGAUGUGUGCAAACCUGGUGGCCAACUACAAGAAACGUCUGACCUCUGUGAUUGCCAACAAGGGUUUUGCCACCAAGUACUAAGUCAUGUUUUGCAGAGGGGUCAAAUACUUAUUUCCCUCAUUAAAAUGCAAAUCAAUUAAUACGAUUUUUGAUAUGCGUUUUUCUGGAUUUUUUUGUUGUUAUUCUGUCUCUCACUGUUCAAAUAAACAUACCAUUACAAUUAUAGACUGAUCAUGUCUUUGUCAGUGGGCAAACAUACAAAAUCAGCAGGGGAUUAAAUACUUUUUUCCCUCACUGUAAGUGUAUGUUGUGUAGUAAAGUAUUAGUAGCCCAUGUGCCUCACCCUAAUAAUUUGGUCCAUUUCUUCCUCAUAACUUAGCCUACUGUUCUGACUUGGUGAUGCACAUUUAGCCUAUAGCCUGUUUUAGAGAAAUGUAAUCAUCGUAUUGUGAGAACUUUCAUUGUCUGCUUAUAUGCCCCCUUCAUUUAUCCUACGGUUCUGACUUGGUGUACAGGGAGAACACUGUAAGAACGGCCCAUGUUCUGAAUUCUGUCGCUGCACUUUUCAAAGUGCUGAACAAAUAGUUAUAUUGACUACGUCCGUCCUAACUCGCUCAUUAAUAAAUAAAUCACCACUGGCACUAACACACGGUUGGUUAUAUUAACAGUUUUCCACUUUUCAUGUAGACUCAUUUUGACCAGCUAAUAGCCUAACAAAUGAUCAAGCAACAUUAUGGACUAAAUGUUAAAAUCCUGUUGCUGCAGGAUUCUUUUGCUGUUACAAUACAGGUCAAAUUAAGAUCCUACAUGUGUAGCAUUGAAAUUAGCUCUGGUGUGUGGCAGUGAUGACCACUCCCCAGCCAUUGUCACAGUAACCGCAUCAUUUGAAUUUUACGGUAUUUCAAGUUAUAUAAUUAAUUUCCAUAUGUGGUGUGAAUAGAGGAGAGUGGAUAGAGUGGAUAGAGAAGAGGAGAGGUGGAGAUUGGUCCUCUGUAGCGCAAUUGGUAGAGCAUGGCGCUUGUAACGCCAGGGUAGUGGGUUCGAUCCCCGGGACCACCCAUACGUAAAAAUGUAUGCACAAAUGACUAUAAGUCGCUUUGGAUAAAAGCGUCUGCUAAAUGGCAUAUUAUUAUUAUAGAUUGGAGAUGGGAGGAUUGUUAGAGGACAAGGGUCAUGUAGUUAUUUAAAGAAGCAAGAAACAAUGAGUUGUGUCUGUCUGUUCCCAAACCCAGUGUUAAUGGAGGAAACUGGUCUUCUUAGUUACCGGUGGCAGCUGGAUUACUUGCAUGGUUACCUUGAUGUUGAUGAGACCAGGCAGUCAUCAGGCAUGGUCAGGUUGUAAAACAGCCACUAAAAGGUUGUAAUGUUACCCCAUACACACAGAUAAAGUCAUUGAAAUGGUCAUUAUACUGUACUAUAGGUAUAGGUAGCUCACACCCUGGAAUUAAAUGAAUGAUAUGAUCUCUAAGGCUCAGACAGCCAUUCAAACCAGUGCUCUGAAAGAGAUGCAUUGAAACUCAGACUAGCAUUCAACAAUUCAAUUCAGCACCAUAGCAUUUAACAAUGGUAAUUUAAUGAUGAUGGGUAUUUUAUGCCCAGUGUGUAACUAUUUCUGCUAAAUGGCAUAUUAUUAUACUAUUAUUAUAACUAUGGCUGGAAAUUAAUGAUGACUUACUUUGCAGAAGUAAUUCAAAAUUCUAUGAAACGAGGCAGGAAAUAAUUACCGUGUAUCCUUGCUAGAGGAGACUAUUUUAGCAGGCAGGGUCCUCCAUUAUCACAGUAGUCAGACAGUGUACGUUGGUGCAACCAUAUAUAUUUUCAUAUUCCUUUUUGAUUUUGCAGAAGCAUUCCUAGAAAAGUUUUAUGGGGAAUGUAUUUUGGGAUGAUGAUUUGAAUAAAUGUAUGCUGUCAUGCCACUCUGUGUACACUUAAGCAAUAGAAAAAGCUUUGAAUCCCACAGAGCACAUAACUACAGUAUAUUAAACCAGAACAAGAUUAAAGAGAGAGAACAUUGUUGUUGUUUUUCUCACCCAUUUCUUUAAACAUUUAAUUUGUUUAAUUCCCGCUGUUCCUGACUUGUUAAAACAUAAUUUUUACAGCAUAAGGCUAGUGUAUCUGUCAUUAGCUAGUAGCUUUCAUCUGACUUCUUUAUUCUUAUUUGACACCUUACAGUUCCUGGUUCUUUUUUAAUUCCCUUUGUUCUUGACUUGAUUUUCACUGACCCCCUGCUGUUCCCGUGUGAGUCCCUCUGAAGUCUCAUGAUCUAAUGAUCUGCCUUGUGUGUGUCUCUAUUCUGUGUCUGCCUGCAGCAGAAGAGGAUGACUCUGAAGUCGUGUCUCCUGGCCAUGAUUAACAUGCCCAGUCAUUACCGCUGUCUCUGUGUCACUCACCUGCUGGGAUGGACCGCCUUCCUCUGCAACAUGCUCUUCUUCACAGACUUCAUGGGACAGGUGAGAAGAGAGAGCGAGAGACGGAGAGUGAGAUAGUGAGAGCGUAGGAUGAAAGGAAUUAGUUAGUGGGUCUAUGUAGCUGCCAUUUAAAGGACAAACAAAUUAUAUCACUCAUGUACUACUAAUGAUUACCCUUAUUUGACAGAUGGCCAUAAGAGAACUUUAAUGUUUUCACUCAAUUUACAUUCUAAUAUUUUUUACCUAUGAAAACAAAUUACCUUUCUGUCGUCUUUAACGUUAUGUGAUAGAGGUUCAUCGCUGUGUUCAUUAAAAUGCUUCCUGUCUAUUGAUUUAGCACCAUCACGACAUGCCCUGAUUGGUGGGUAGUCUCUCGUCACAGCCUUGGCUGAUUUGGUUCUGUGUGCCCAACUAUUAAUUGCUCUGUAAUGAAGACAUUGACAGACAGGCUUUAUGGUGAUCAUGUCUGAUCUGAUCUGCAUGCUGAUGACUGCUCUUACGCAGGCUGCAGUGACACGAUGGUCAUGGUGGUCGUAGUGAAUUAAUGGUUGAAGGUAGACUGAGGCAAACAAAGCAGCAGGUCAGACUUAAACAAACCGUGCUUUGACUGUAUCAAUAGAGAGCAGUGGCAGAUGCAGUUUAUGACGUUGACACAGGCUUUGGCAGCUAUAAUAACAAAUGGGAUGGAGCUUGUUAACUGUUACAAGCUACUGUGCAGCACAUGCACUAUAAGAUAAAUGCAUCAUCCUCCGUCACUUCAUGCAGGCGCUAGCUUUAUCUUAACCCUCAACAACCAUACCACCACUUUUAUAUGUCAGUGGAGUGGGUGGAGAUUGGAGAGACAUAUUCAAUCAAACACCACAUUUAUUGUAAAUAACCAGUUCAAUUCAUAUUCAGCUGUGGUGGUGACUUUGUCUCCAUUGUGUAUGUAAUUAUCAUAAUUAUCAUAAUCAUCAUACUUGGUCAUAAAGUGUGUGUGUAAUAAUGGUUGAGUUGAUUGUGUGUGUUGACAGAUUGUGUAUAAGGGCAACCCGUAUGCGGACCAUAACUCUACAGCCUAUGAGCGGUAUGAGAGGGGGGUGGAGAUUGGAUGCUGGGGUCUCUGUAUCAACGCCGUCUCCUCUGCUCUCUACUCCUGUAAGUCGUGUCGCAGCAUACAUAAGUAAGACAUUAUUGACAGGUAGCCUAGCGGUUAAGAGCAUUGGGCCAGUAACCGAAAGGUUGCUGGUUUGAAUCCCUAAGCUGACUAGGUAAAAAAUCUGCAGCUGUGCCCUUGAGUAAGGCACUUAACCUUAAUUGCUCCUGUAUGUCUCUCUGGAUAAGCAUGUCUACUAAAUGACUAAAACGUAAAUGUAAUUGGAGUCAUCCAAUGUCUGCAACAUGUGAUUUAGCUUAAGGGUAUAUGUGUAGUCACCCAAUGUCCACAAAAGAGCCAUAGCUAAUUUCCUUUGCAAAUUUUUAUUUUGUUGUAAAGAGUCUUACCGUAUGCUACACUCCUCUUUCUAAAGCUUAUGAGUUCAUAUCUUGUCUGCCCAUGUCCGCCCAAAACACAGGGAACUUUCCACAGAAGUCCGAGCUUGGCGACUGUGGUAUAUGUUGUGUGAAUACCCUAAAUCACAGCACAGAACAUAUUAAAUCACUCACUCUGCAAAAGUGCAUAGCAGAUGCUUAUAAUUUGAUUAUUGUUUGGUAAUGGAUUUCAUUAAGUAAGACUGCCUUGUCUUAUAGUUUAAACUCCAAUCACUGAAAGUAGAGCGUGGCGAACAAACCAAAUUGAUCUUCUGUCUAUGGAGAAUAGUGACAUACAUUUGCAUGCAUAAGAUCCAAUGUCACUAAGCAGAACAACAGGCUAUUUCCAUUGUGCCGUCGUCAUUCCAUGUAACUGAAUUACCAAUGAUGCUGUGUUUGUUUAUUCAGUGUCAUUCAAAUGUUUGCCACAAGGUAAGCAAAGUAACAAGGAGCACUAUGGCAACAGUUUGCUACAAUAGGUAUGGCAACAUGGAGUGAUAAGAAAUGGCUUAUUCAUAUCCCAGGCAGUUUGAAUUUUCAUUGUGCCCUCGAGUAAGAAAUCACUUCUAUAUUUAGUUACACCUGCAGUCUUCUUGGACAUGUUGCGUGUUCUUAUACAGUAGUAUAUUUUGUAAAAAAAAGUCUUACUUGGCAGUACCAGUCCACAUACUGUGUAAAGCUGAAACCUCCCUCCCUCCCUCCCUCCGUCUGAUGUGUCUCCAGAUGUCCAGAGGCUGUUGCUGCCCUUCAUCGGUCUGAAAGGGCUCUACUUUGUGGGAUACUUCGUGUUUGGCCUGGGCACCAGUCUGAUCGGCCUGUUCCCCAACAUCACCACCACCCUCAUCCUGUGCAGUGUCUUCGGAGUCAUGUCCAGUACCUUGUACACCAUCCCCUUCAACCUCAUCUCAGAGUACCAUCGGGAGGAGGAGGUCAGUACCCUCUCUCUCUCAUAGCCUGGUCCCACAUGUGUUUGUCCAUCCUCAAUGACCAUAGGAGUUGGCAAGACUGCACAAACAGAUAUGGGACCAGGCUACUCUCUCACCUCCAGAUAGUUAUUAUGGAACUGAUAGUGGAUUGUGCAUUCUGAGGCUGUAGCAGCUUACGUUAAAAUAUAAUAAUGUGUAGAGGUUGCGAACCUCAUCCACCACCUGUCUGUAGCUCAUACAGUACCUUCGGGAAGUAUUCAACCCCCUUGACUUUUUCCACAUUUUGUUACGUUACAGCCUUAUUCUAAAAUGGAUUAAAUAAAUACAAACCCACAGUUGACAGUACAUGUCAGAUCAAAAACCAAGCUCAGAGACAGGAUUGUGUCGAGGCACAGAUCUGGGGAAGGGUAUGAAAAAAGUUCUGCAACAUUAAAGAUCCCCAAGAACACUGGCCUCCAUCAUUCUUAAAUGGAAGAAGUUUGGAACCACCAAGACUCUUCCUAGAGCUGGCCGCCCAGCCAAACUGAGCAAUCGGGAGAGAAGGGCCUUGUUCAGGGAGGUGACCAACAACCCGAUGGUCACUCUGACAGAGCUCUAGAGUUCCUCUGUGGAGAUGGGAGAACCUUCCAGAAGGACAACCAUCUCUGCAGCACUCCACCAAUCAGGCCAGACGGAAGCCACUCUUCAGUAAAAGGCACAUGACAGCCCGCUUGGAGUUUGCCAAAAGGCACUUAAAGACUGUCAGACCAUGAGAAACAAGAUUCUCUGGUCUGAUGAAACCAAGAUUGAAGUCUUUGGCCUGAAUGCCAAGCGUCACGUCUGGAGGAAACCUGGCACCAUCCCUACGGUGAAGCAUGGUGGUGGCAGCAUCAUGCUGUGGGGAUGUUUUUCAGCGGCAGGGACUGGGAGACUAGUCAGGAGAGAGAUUUUUGAUGAAAACCUGCUCCAGAACACUCAGGACAUCAGACUGGGGCGAAGGUUCACCUUCCAACAGGACAAUGACCCUAAGCACACAGGCAAGACAACGCAGGAGUGACUUCGGGACAAGUCUCUGAAUGUCCUAAAGUGGCCCAGCCAGAGCCCGGACUUGAACCCGAUCGAACAUCUCUGGAGAGACCUGAAAAUAGCUGUGCAGCAACGCUCCCCAUCCAACCUGACAGAGCUUGAGAGCAUCUGCAGAGAAGAAUGGGGGAAACUCCCCAAAUACAGGUGUGCCAAGCUUGUAGCGUCAUACCCAAGAAGACUCGAUGCUAUAAUCACUGCCAAAGGGGCUUCAACAAAGGACUGAGUAAAAGGUCUGAAUACUUAUGUAAAUUUAAUAUUUCGGUUUAAAAUGUUUAAUACAUUUGCAAAAAUGUCUACAAACCUGUUUUUGCUUUGUCAUUAUGGGGUAUUGUGUGUAGAUUUGUGUAAAAAUUUAGAAUAAGGCUGUAACGUAACAAUGUUGAAAAAGUCAAGGGGUCUGAAGACUUUCCCGAAGGCACUGUAUAUGGAGUGAUUCAGAGCUAGGGUUACAAAAUUCAGAGAACUUUCAAUAAAUUCCUGGUUUUGCCGAAAUCCCUGUUGGAGGAUUCCCAGAAUCAGAAAGGAAUAAGCAGGACAUCCAAAAGCCUCCAACCAGGAUUGCCACUGGGAAACCAUGGAAUUAUUUGCAAGUUCCAGGAAUUUUGCAACCCUAUGCGCAGCUGCCCUUUUAGAUUUGCGUUUACAACAUGUAAUUUAUCACAGAGGAGAACUCCCCUUUUUCUUUUCUUCAUGACUAAAAUGUAAAUGUAAUGUCAAUACCUCUCACAAAUACAAGCAGUGAUGAAGUCAAUCUCUCCUCCACUUUGAGCCAGGAGAGAUUGACAUGCAUAUUAUUCAUGUUAGCUCUCAGUGUACAUUUAUGGACCAGCCGUGCUGCUCUGUUCUGGGCUAAUUGUAAUUUGCCUAUGUCCCUCUUUGUGGCACUUUACCAAAUUACUAGACAGGAGUCCAGGUGCAACAAAACUAGGGUCUGUAGCAGGGACGGCUUGUUCAAUAGGGCGAUAUGGGCGACGCACUGCCAAACGGGAAAAGGAAGGGAUUUUUUUUCUAAUCAAUUAUAAAAAAAAAAAAAAAUAUAUAUAUAUAUAUAUAUUUUUUAUAAAUUUAUAAAAAAUUAUAUCACGGCAACAGCAGUUAUCAGUGUUCACGUCUGAUCUGACAGCCACUAAAUGUCAAAUCAGGCUAAAGUCGUGCUUCAAAUGGCCCCGCCCGUUUUUUGGGCGAUUUCAGUCAGGUUGAAAAUCGCCCAGAAGUCUCUCAUAGCCUGUCAUGUAAAAUCUAUUUUUUCCACAUUUCAAAGCUUUCAAUACAUUCUCUAUGGGUGUCUGUGGGCUUGCACUUACGCGCUUUCGUCAUACAUAACGUAACCACGAAUGAACGUAACUAAGAAAAGACCAGGUAGCAGCCUCAAUCAAUUCACUACUACUAUCAAAAUGGCUAGGCUUCAGUCCAACUCGAUUGUGUCUUUGAAAGAAGUUCCUUUUUGUCGGCGAACAAAUUAAGAUAAAUUGGCAACGAAACAAUUAGGACCUCCCAGACCAAAUUUAAUAAUUCAACAGGUUUCUACUAAAGGCGGAAAGUCCUACACCCGAGGAUUUUCCAAAAAUUGGUACGAACGAAAAAAGACAUUGCCACUCAACUGGAUGACGAGGGAUACAGGCUAGCUGUCCGCCGCCACAACGAUGAGGUUAGUGUUGAUAAUCACAAGUUUACUGGAUGUGGAUAUGGUGUAAUAAAGGCAGUUUAUUCAGAGGUAAAUAUAUCUGGAAUCGCGUUCACGGACCCGUUCGUCAAACUCUUAGGGAGCAAUAAAUUAAGCCCCAUUACUUACCAUAUCAGAUAAGAGAAAUUGCUGCAGCUACAUAUAUUUUACAUCCUGGCCCUACAUAGUUCACUAUUUGCAUCACUUACCAAAAUAUUACAUGUGGUCAUAUAUGCUUGGAAAGUGGAGAUGCCAUAGAACGUCAAAAAAGUAAACAUUGCUGGAGACACAUUGUCGUUUUGGAGAAGACAUCGCGUUUGCUAGCGAAGAGAUUUGUUGUGGCAAAUGAACUUGGGCUGGGAAUUGCCAGGAACCUCACGAUAAGAUAUAUGCAUCAGCAUUGCGAGUCUCAUGAUUCUAUACGUAUUGCGAUUCGAUACUGUGAUUUUAUUGCGCACCAUAUGUCUGUUGCAGAGGGAUCAGAAAGCCAUGAGAACGAGUUUUGAUCAGUCAUGGAAAUAAAAGUGCUGAAAACUAAUUGGCUCCCAAUGUGAAAAGAUUGAGAACAAGCUAUGAAGGAACAAUAAUGGUGUUUUGGUGCAGGUACAGCCAACUAGCGCUAAAAUAUUGCGAUAUUGUCAAUACAGUAUAUCGUAAAGUAUCACUAUGUAACUCGAUUUCUUUCACCCCAAUCCCUCAAAUUAACGGUAAAUAACUGAAUUGUUUGCCCCACAUUUAGCUAAGAUGAUUAGCUAGCCAGCUAAAAUGUUUUAUUUAGUUAGCAGUCGCAUCUACAAUAGUUUACUGUCAAUAACAUGUCUCCAAAAAUGACGUGGUGUCUCCAAUUGUGUUGACAUUUUACAAUUGCAAUGCGCAUCCAUGAGUAUCCACUUUCUGUAGCUCAGCUGGUAGAGCAUGGUGCUUGUAACGCCAAGGUAGUGGGUUCGAUCCCCGGGACCACCCAUACACAAAAAUGUAUGCACGCAUGACUGUAAGUCGCUUUGGAUAAAAGCGUCUGCUAAAUGGCAUAUUAUUAUUAUUAUUAUUAUUAUCUGAAGAGAGCCCCGAAACAUUGUGUGCAGACAUUUUAUGCAAUAAAUGAAGUAGGUUCAAUCUAGUAGUUCUGAUCUUCUGAUUGGUCCUGAUGAGUUGGGCGAGGUCACCUCCAGGCUACUGUCACUGUUGCAUUGGCUCUGAGUCGGGUUCUCUGUCUUCAAAUGUUCAGCCUAAGAGAGGGGAUUUUUGUGUGUGUGUGUGUGUGUGUUUAACAGUGAUGAUGUGUGUGUGUGUGUGUGUGUGUGUGUGUGUUUAACAGUGAUGAUGUGUGUGUGUGUGUGUUUGUGUGUGUGUGUGUCCUCAGAGCAAGAACUCGUGAGUUGGAAGAACUGAGAGGCCUAUGGCGUGGGUGUUGUCCUUGGCCACCUGCUGACAAGGCUGACAAGAUAGGACCCUUUUGUCCAUUGUUAUUGGAUAGGAACAGAACUUAUAACCAGCUCCUGACCUAAAUAGAUCUUAGCACAACAUUUUACUCAACAUAUCAUAUUCCAUAUUCACUAUAACAAAUAUAUUUACUACGACAUUAGCAAGAACCGCCACAUCCUCAGCCGGCUAAUCCAGUGUGUGAAGUUUUGCGGAGUGUUUGAGUUAGCUUUGCGAGGCAAAGAUGAAACUGAGGGCUCCACCAACCCUGGUAAGCCAACACUUUUGAGAUCAGUCAAUAAAUGCUUCUGGUAUUGACUUAUAUGCUGCCCCUGUCUUCAUGUUGUUGCUGGACAUAUCUUUUUUUUUAAAUGUGUGUAGGUCACCUAAAUCAUCAGAAAAAUUGCCCCUCCUGAGAAUUUUUUCAGGAGCCGCCACUGGUCUGUAGGACUUGUUUUGUUGAUAGCGAUGUCAAGAGAGCAGAGCAGCGCUUUAUUACGGACAGACCUCUACCCAUCUUAGCUACUGUUGCAUCAAUAUGUUUUAACCAUAACAGUUUACAAUUCAGCAUUACACUAAGCAGUUUAGUCUCCUCAACUUGCUCAAUUUCCACAUUAUUGAUUCCAAGAUUUAGUUGAGGUUUAGGGUUUAGUGAAUGAUUUGUCCUCAAAUACAAUGCUUUUAGUUUUUGAAAUAUUUAGGACCAACGUAUUUCUUGCCACACUUUCUGAAACGAACUGCAGCUCUUUGUUAAGUGAUUUCCUUGCUGUGGUAGCUGACGUGUAUAGUGUUGAGUCAUUCUUUAAUCAGCCAGUGGCAGGUUAUUAUUAAAGAUUGAAAAAAGUAAAGGGCCUAGACAACUGCCCUGGGGAAUGCGUGACUACCUGGAUUAUGUUGGAGAGGUUUCCACUAAAGAACACUCUCUGUGUUCUGUUAGACAGGUAACUCUCUAUCCACAAUAUAGCAGGGGAUGUGAAGCCAUAACACACAAGUUUUUCCAGCAGCAUGCUAUGAUCGAUAAUGUCAACAAAAGUCUAACAAAACAGCUCAAUUUCUCCCAGACAAUCAUCAGUCAUUUGUGUUCCGUAGUUGAAUGCCCUUCCCUAUAAGUGUGCUGAAAAAUCUGUUGUUAAUUUGUUUACUAUGAAAUAGCGUUCUAUCGGAAUCCACGCUUCAAGAUUGUUUUGAUCACGUGGACUGGGAUAUGUUCCGGGUAGCUUGCGGGUAGUUUACGGAAAUAAUUCAGACUAAUACACUGAAACGGUGACUGAGUUUAUCAGGAAGUGUAUAGGAGAUGUUGUGCCCACUGUGACUAUUAAAACCUACCCUAACCAGAAACCGUGGAUAGAUGGCAGCAUUCGCGCAAAACUGAAAGCGCGAACCACUGCAUUUAACCAUGGUAAGGUGACUGGGAAUAUGGCAGAUUACAAACAAAACAGUGUAGCUACUCACUCCGCAAGGCCAUUAAACUGGCAAAACAUCAGUAUAGAGACAAACUGGAGUCGCAAUUCAACGGCUCAGACACGAGACGUUUGUGGCAGGGUCUACAGACAAUCAUGGACUACAAAAGGAAAAGCAGCCACGUCGCCGACACCGACGUGUCGCUUCCAGACAAGCUAAACAACACCUUCGCCCGCUUUGAGGAUAACACAGUGCCACCAACGCGGCCCACUACCAAGGACUGUGGGCUCUCCUUCUCUGUGGCCGACGUGAGUAAGACAUUUAAGCACGUUAACCCCCGCAAGGCUGCCGGCCCAGACAGCAUCCCUAGCCGCGUCCUCAGAGCAUGCACAGACCAGCUGGCUGGUACAUAUUCAAUCUCUCCCUAUCCCAGUCUGCUGUCCCCACAUGCUUCAAGAUGGCCACAAUUGUUCCUGUACCCAAGAAAGCAAAGGUAACUAAACUAAAUGACUAUCACCCCGUAGCACUCACCUCUGUCAUCAUGAAGUGCUUUGAGAGACUAGUCAAGGAUCAUAUCACCUCUACCUUACCUGUCACCCUAGACCCACUUCAAUUUGCUUACCACCCCAAUAGAUCCACAGACGAUGCAAUCGCCAUCACACUGCACACUACCCUAUGCCAUCUGGGGAAUACCUAUGUAACAAUGCUGUUCAUUGACUAUAGCUCAGCAUUCAACACCAUAGUGCCCUCCAAGCUCAUCAUUAAGCUCGAGGUCCUGGGUCUGAACCCUGCCCUGUGCAACUGGGUCCUGGACUUCAUGAUGGGCCGCCCCCAGGUGGUGAAGGUAGGAAACAACAUCUCCACUUUGCUGAUCCUCAACACUGGGGCCCCACAAGGGUGCGUGCUCAGCCCCCUCCUGUACUCCCUGUUCACCCAUGACUGCGUGGCCAAGCACGCCUCCAACUCAAUCAUCAAGUUUGCAGACGACACAACAGUAGUAGGCUUGAUUACCAACAAUGACGAGACAGCCUACAGGGAGGAGAUGAGGGCUCUGGGAGUGUGGUGCCAGGAAAAUAACCUCUCACUCAACAUCAAGAAAACAAAGGAGAUGAUCGUGGACUUCAGGAAACAGCAGAGGGUGCACCCCCUAUCCACAUCGACGGGACCACAGUGUAGAAGGUGGAAAGCUUCAAGUUCCUUGGCGUACACAUCACUGACAAACUGAAAUGGUCCACCCACGCAGACAGUGUAGUGAAGAAGGGGAACAGAGCCUCUUCAACCUCAGGAGGCUGAAGAAAUUUGGCUUGGCACCUAAAACCCUCACAAACAGAUGCACAAUUGAGAGCAUCCUGUCGGUCUGUAUCACCGCCUGGUAUGGCAACUGCACCGCCUGCAACCGCAGGGCUCUCCAGAGGGUGGUGCGGUCUGCCGAACGCAUUACCGGGGGCAAACUACCCGCCCCCAGGACAUCUACAGCACCCGAUGUCACAGGAAGGCCAAAAAGAUCAUCAAGGACAUCAACCACCCGAGCCACUGCCUGUUCACCCCGCUAUCAUCUAGAAGGCGAGGUCAAUACAGGUUCAUCAAAGCUGGGACCGAGAGAAUGAAAAACUGCUUCUAUCUCAAGGCCAUCUGACUGUUAAAUAGCCAUCACUAGCACAUUAGAGGCUGCUGCUGCCUAUUGAAAUCACUGGCCACUUUAAGAAAUGGAACACUAGUCACUUUAAUAAUAUUUACAUAUCUUGCACUACUCAUCUCAUAUGUAAAUAUUGUAUUCUAUAAUAUUCUACUGUAUCUUAGUCCAUGCCGCUCUGUCAUUGCUUGUCCAUAUACAGUGAGGGUAAAAAGUAUUUGAUCCCCUGCUGAUUUUGUACGUUUGCCCACUGACAAAGACAUGAUCAGUCUAUAAUUUUAAUGGUAGGUUUAUUUGAACAGUGAGAGACAGAAUAUCAACAAAAAAAAUCCAGAAAAACACAUGUCAAAAAUUGUAUAAAUUGAUUUGCAUUUUAAUGAGGGAAAUAAGUAUUUGACCCCUCUGCAAAACAUGACUUAGUACUUGGUGGCAAAACCCUUGUUGGCAAUCACAGAGGUCAGACGUUUCUUGUAGUUGGCCACCAGGUUUGCACACAUCUCAGGAGGGAUUUUCUAUGGGAUUAAGGUCUGGAGACUGGCUAGGCCACUCCAGGACCUUAAUGUGCUUCUUCUUGAGCCACUCCUUUGUUGCCUUGGCCGUGUGUUUUGGGUCAUUGUCAUGCUGGAAUACCCAUCCACAACCCAUUUUCAAUGCCCUGGCUGAGGGAAGGAGGUUCUCACCCAAGAUUUGACUGUACAUGGUCCCGUCCAUCGUCCCUUUGAUGCGGUGAAGUUGUCCUGUCCCCUUAGCAGAAAAACACCAUCAAAGCAUAAUGUUUCCAACUCCAUGUUUGACGGUGGGGAUGGUGUUCUUGGGGUCAUAGGCAGCAUUCCUCCUCCUCCAAACACGGCGAGUUGAGUUCAUGCCAAAGAGCUCAAUUUUGGUCUCAUCUGACCACAACACUUUCACCCAGUUCUCCUCUGAAUCAUUCAGAUGAUAAUUGGCAAACUUCAGAUGGGCCUGUAUAUGUGCUUUCUUGAGCAGGGAGACCUUGCGGGCGCUGCAGGAUUUCAGUCCUUCACGGUGUAGUGUGUUACCAAUCGUUUUCUUGGUGACUAUGGUCCCAGCUGCCUUGAGAUCAUUGACAAGAUCCUCCCGUGUAGUUCUGGGCUGAUUCCUCACCGUUCUCAUGAUCAUUGCAACUCCACGAGGUGAGAUCUUGCAUGGAGCCCCAGGCCGAGGGAGAUUGACAGUUAUUUUGUGUUUCUUCCAUUUGAGAAUAAUCGCACCAACUGUUGUCACAUUCUCACCAAGCUGCUUGGCGAUGGUCUUGUAGCCCAUUCCAGCCUCGUGUAGGUCUACAAUCUUGUCCCUGACAUUCUUGGAGAGGUCUUUGGUCUUGGCCAUGGUGGAGAGUUUGGAAUCUGAUUGAUUGAUUGCUUCUGUGGACAGGUGUCUUUUAUACAGGUAACAAGCUGAGAUUAGGAGCACUCCCUUUAAGAGUGUGCUCCUAAUCUCAGCUCGUUACCUGUAUAAAAGACACCCGGGAGCCAGAAAUCUUUCUGAUUGAGAGGGGGUCAAAUACUUAUUUCCCUCAUUAAAAUGCAAAUCAAUUUAUAACAUUUUUGACAUGCGUUUUUCUGGAUUAUUUUGUUGUUAUUUUGUCUCUCACUGUUCAAAUUAACCUACCAUUAAAAUUAUAGACUGAUCAUUUCUUUGUCAGUGGGCAAAUGUACAAAAUCAGCAGGGGAUCAAAUACUUUUUUCCCUCACUGUAUGUAUAUAUUCUUAAAUUCCAUUCCUUACUUAGAUUUGUGUGUAUUGGGUAUAUGUUGUGAAAUUGUUAGAUAUUACAUGUUAGAUAUUUCUGCACUGUCGGAGCUAGAAGCACACGCAUUUUGCUACACCCACAAUAACAUCUGAUUUGAAAUACAAAUUUUUCCUGAAUUUUUCUAAGGGUUGGUAACAGGCUGAUUGGUCGGCUGUUUGAGCCAGUAAAGGGUGCUUUGCUAUUCUUGGGUAACGGAAUUCCUUUUGCCUACCUCCAGGCCUGAGGGCACACACUUUCCUUUAGGCUUAGAUUGAAGAGAUGGCAAAUUGGAGUGGCAAUAUCAUCCUCUAUCAUUUUCCAUCCAAGUUGUCAGACCCAGGUGGCUUGUCAUUGUUGAUAGACAAAAAAUAAUAAUUCACCUCUUCCACACUCACUUUACGGAAUUCAAAAUGACAAUGCUUGUCUUUCAUAACUUGAUCAGUUAUGCAUGGAUGUGUAGGUUCAGAAUUUGUUGUUGGUGUGUCAUGCCUAAAUUUGCUAAUCUUGCCAAUGAAAAAAUAAUUGAAGUAGUUGGCAAUAUCAGUUCAGGGUUUUGUGAUGAAUUAACCAUCUGAUUCAAUGAAUGAUGGAGCAGAGUUCGCCUUUUUGCCCAAAAUUUCAUUUAAGGCGCUCCAAUGCUUUUUACUAUCAUUAUUUACAGUUUCUUCUCCUUUUUGUUCAGUUUAGUCACAACAUUUCUCAAUUUACAGUACGUUUGCCAAUCGGCUGUGCAGUCAGACUUAUUUGCCAUUCCUUUUGCCUCAUCCCUCUCAACCAUACGUUUUUUCAAUUCCUCAUCAAUCCACUGGGAUUUAUGUUUUUACAGUCAUUUUCUUAAUGGGUGCAUGCUUAUUAGUAACUGGAAUAAGCAAUUUCAUAAAUGCGUUAAGUGCAGCGUCUGGUUGCUCCUCAUUACACACCCCAGACCAGCAAAUAUUCUUUACAUCUUCAAUAUAGGAAUCACUACAAACCUUAUUGUAUGACCUCUUAUACACUGUAUUAGGUCCAGCCUUUGGAACUUUGGUUUUCCUAGAUAUGGUUACUAUAUUAUAAUCUCUACAUCCGAUGGAUGUGGAUACUGCUUUAGAGCAGAUUUCUGCAGCAUUAGUAAAGAUGUGAUUUCAUUCCUGUGCUGUUUGUAAAUACCCUGGUAGGUUGACUGACAACCUAAACCAGGUUGUAGGCACUGGUUACAGUUUGAAGCUUUUUCUUGAGUUGGCAGCUUGAUGAAAGCCAGUCAAUAUUUAGGUCACCCAGAAAAUAUACCUCUCUGUUGAUAUCACAUACAUUAUCAAGUAUUUCACACAUAUUAUCCAGAUACUGACUGUUAGUUAUUGGUGGUCUAUAGCAGAUUCCCACAACAAUAGGCUUUAGGUGAGGCAGGUGAACCUGUAGCCAUAUUACUUCAACAGCAUUUGACAUGAGAUCCUCUCUAAGCAUUACAGGAAUACGACUCUGAAUAUAAACCGCAGCACCAUACCCAUUGUAAUUUCUGUCUUUUCUAUAAUGUUAUAAUCAUGUAUUGCUACUACUGUAUUGUCAAAGGUAUUAUCUAAGUGAGUUUCACAGUGCCUUCCGAAAGUACUCGCACCCCUUUACUUUUUUAAAUAUUUUGUUGUGUUACAGCCUGAAUUUAAAGUUGAUUAAAUAUAGAUUUUUUCUGUCACUGGACGACACACAAUACCCCAUAAUAUCAAAGCGAAAUUAUGUUUUUCAAAUUAUUUACUAAUUAAUUACAAAUGAAACGCUGAAAUGUAUUGAGUCAAUAAGUAUUCAACCCCUUUGUUAUGGCAAGCCUCAACAAGUCAAGGAGUAAAAAUGUGCUUAAAAAGUCACAAUAAGACUACCUCAUCUCUGUGCCCAACACAUAUGAUUACAGUGCAUUCAGAAAGUACUCAGACCCCUUGACUUUUCCCACAUUUUGUAACGUUACAGCCUUAUUUUAAAAUGGAUAAAAAAAUACAAUAAUCCACAUCAAUCUACACACAGUACCCCAUAAUGACAAAGUGAAAACAGGUUGUUAGAAAUGUUAGCAAAUGUAUUACAAAUAAAAAACUGAUAUCACAUUUACAUAAGUAUUCAGACCCUUUACUCAGUACUUUGUUGAAGCACCUUCGGCAGCGAUUACAGCCUAGAGUCUUCUUGGGUAUGACGCUACAAGCUUGGCACAUCUGUAUUUCAGAUCUCUCCAGAGAUGUUAAAUCGGGUUCAAGUCCGGGCUCUGGCUGGGCCACUCAAGGACAUUCAGAGACUUGUCUUGAAGCCACUCCUUCGUUGUCUUGGCUGUGUGUUUAGGGUCGUUGUCCUGUUGGAAGGUGAACCUUCGCCCCAGUCUGAGGUCUUGAGCACUCUGGAGCAGGUUUUCAUCAAGGAUCUCUCUGCACUUUGCUCCGUUCAUCUUUCCCUCGAUCCUGACUAGUCUCCCCUGAUGCUGAAACAUCCCCACAGCAUGAUGCUGCCACCACCAUGCUUCAUCAUAGGGAUGGUGCCAGGUUUCCUCCAGACGUCACGCUUGGCAUUCAGGCCAAAGAGUUCAAUCUUGGUUUUAUCAGACCAGAGAAUCUUGCUUCUCAUGGUCUGAGAGUCCUUUAGGUACCUUUUGGCAAACUCCAAGCGGGCUGUCAUGUGCCUUUUACUGAGGAGGGGCUUCCGUCUGGCCACUCUACCAUAAAGGCCUGAUUGGUGGAGUGCUGCAGAGAUGGUUGUCCUUCUGGAAGGUUCUCCCAUCUCCACAGAGGAACUCUGGAGCUCUGUCAGAGUGACCAUCGGGUUCUUUGGCACCUCCCUGACCAAAGCCCUUCUCCCCCGAUUGCUCAGUUUGACCAUGCGGCCAGCUCUAGGAAGAGUCUUGGUGGUUCCAAACUUCUUCCAUUUAAGAAUGAUGGAGGCCACUGUGUUCUUGGGGACCUUCAAUGCUGCAGACAUUUUUUGGUACCCUUCUCCAGAUCUGUGUCUCGACACAAUCCAGUCUCAGAGCUCUACGGACAAUUCCUUCGACCUCAUGGCUUGGUUUUUGCUCUGACAUGCACUGUCAACUGUGGGACCUUAUAUAGACAGGUGUGUGCCUUUCCAAAUCAUGUCCAAUCAAUUGAAUUUACCACAGGUGGACUCCAAUCAACUUGUAGAAUCAUCUCAAGGAUGAUCAAUGGAAACACGAUGCACCUGAGCUCAAUUUUGAGUCUCAUAGCAAAGGGUCUGAAUACUUUGUAAAUAAGGUAUUUCUGUUUUUUGUUCUUUGCAAAAAAUUCCAAAAACCCUGUUUUCGCUUUGUCAUUAUGGGGAAUUGUGUGUAGAUUGAUGAGGAUUUGUAUUUAUUUAUUUAUUUAAUCCAUUUUUGAAUAAGUCUGUAACGUAACAAAAUGUGGAAAAAGUCAAGAGGUCUGAAUUCUUUCCAAAUGCACUGUAUACAUUACAUUAUACAAGAAUAGAAUCAAUGGUUUAAUAUUUGAAAUAACCAUUAUUCCCAGAUCCCAGACUGUAGCCUACUCAUCAACUCAAGAAGGAACUUUGUACAUUCAUUGAUUGUUAUAAAAUACUGCAAAAUUCACUUGCGCUCCGUUGACUGGUCUUCCUUGGCUGUCUGACCUUGCGCUGUCAAGAAAAGUCAGAAUAUUGGUCUUCAAUCGAUUGGCUGCUGGUUUCAUCGUUUGAUUCAGGUCUAGUGUGACCCAAGUUAAUUGCCUUCUGUAGAAACGGGACAAAAAGGCUACAAAACAUUUCCAUACACAUAACAGCUGUUAGAUACUGCUACCUGACACAUAGCUAGAGGUAGAGUUGAACUGGCUGUGGUAGCUACUAAAAAAUGAUUAGAUCUCUGAGAAAUUAAGCUAAUUGAUUGCACCCAAAUUGGCCAUUUUAAUUUAUAGCACCUAACAUCCGAUUUGGACAGAUUUUUCUAACAAUGAGUUAGGAAUCCCAAUAAAUUGUCAAAAGCCACCCACAGACACCCCAUGCCAAUCCCACCCUAACAACGAGUAUGUAGUAUCAGUUCUCUAUGUCUGACAAGUAGUAUGGAGAUGCAGCUCAAAGUAUUGUUUGUUCACCCUAUGUAAUGUAUUCUCAGUGAAUUUGGUGAUGUUUUUUUUUUCCUGUUCAGAGAAAUUAGUCAUUGGAGAUGUUAGGUUUGUGUCACACCCUACAUCCUGAUAUUACCAGGUUCUGACCACUAGAUGGUGCUGUGCCCUCUAUUAGGUGAAAAACCCAUGCUUUGGUUUUGUUGGCCACUGUUUCAAAUGCUAAUCGAUUAGCAUUUCUUUCACAAAUCCUAUCCAAGUCAAUUGUACAUAUAUUACAAUUUUCAUGCUUCAUAUCCAAAUCAUCAUAAAGUAUUAAAAAUGUAUUGUGUAACUCAAUUAUGUCACAUAUAGAUGAUUUGGAUAUGAAGCGCGAAAAUGAUAACAUACAGUAAGUACCAAAUCAAAUCAAAUGUUAUUUGUCACAAUCACGUGUUUAACAGAUGUUAUUGCGGGUAUAGCGAAAUGCUUGUAAUUCUAGCUCCAACAGUGCAGUAAUAUCUAACAAUUUCACAACAUAUACCCAAUACACACACAUCUAGUAAGGAAUGGAAUUUAAGAAUAUAUACAUAUAUGGACAAGCAAUGACAGAGCGACAUGGACUAAGAUACAGUAGAAUAUUAUAGAAUAGAAUACAGUAUAUACAUAUGAGAUGAGUAGUGCAAGAUAUGUAAACAUUAUUAAAGUGACUAGUGUUCCAUUUCUUAAAGUGGUCAGUGAUUUCAAUAGGCAGCAGCAGCCUCUAAUGUGCUAGUGAUGGCUAUUUAACAGUCUGAUGGCCUUGAGAUAGAAUCAGUUUUUCAUUCUCUCUGUCCCAGCUUUGAUGCACCUGUACUGACCUCGCCUUCUGGAUGAUAGCGGGAUGAACAGGCAGUGGCUCAGGUGGUUGAUGUCCUUGAUGAUCUUUUUGGCCUUCCUGUGACAUCGGGUGCUGUAUGUGUCUUGGAGGGCAGGUAGUUUGCCCCCGGUAAUGCGUUCGGCAGACCGCACCACCCUCCGGAGAGCCCUGCGGUUGCGGGCGGUGCAAUUGCCGUACCAGGCGGUGAUACAGCCCGACAGGAUGCUCUCAAUUGUGCAUCUGUAAAAGUUUGUGAGGGUUUUAGGUGCCAAGCCAAAUUUCUUCAGCCUCCUGUGGUUGAAGAGGCUCUGUUGCGCCUUCUUCACCACACUGUCUGCGUGGGUGGACCAUUUCAGUUUGUCAGUGAUGUGUAUGCCAAGGAACUUGAAGCUUUCCACCGUCUCCAAUGCGGUCCCGUCGAUGUGGAUGGGGGGUGCACCCUCUGCUGUUUCCUGAAGUCCACGAUCAUCUCCUUUGUUUUGUUGACGUUGAGUGAGAAGUUAUUUUCCUGGCACCACACUCCCAGAGCCCUCACCUCCUCCCUGUACGUGGUCAUUCACUUGCAUUGGAUUUGUGCCACAUAAGGAAACUAAUAUGUCAUUUUGUAAUUUGGGUGAGCUAUCCCUAAUAUCAGGAUGUAGGAUGGGACAUAAACCUAACAACUUCAAUGACUAAUUUCUCUGAACAGAGGAAAAAAACAUCCCCCAAUUCACUGAGAAUACAUUACAUAGGAUGAAGAAACAAUACUCCGAGCCGCAGCUCCAUACUACUUGUCAGACAUAGAGAACUAAUACUACACUGAACAAAAAUAUAAACGCAACAUGUAAAGUCUUGGUUCCACGUUUCAUGAGAUGAAAUAAAAGAUUCCAGAAAUGUUCUAUAUGCACAAAAAGCUUAUUUCUCUCAAAUGUUGUGCACAAAUUUGUUUACAUCCCUGUUAAUGAGCAUUUCCCCUUUGCCAAGAUAAUCCAUCCACCUGACAGGUGUGACAUAUCAAGAAGCUAAUUAAACAGCAUGAUCAUUACAUAGGUGCACCUUGUGCAGUUUUGUCACACAACACAAUGCCACAGAUGUCUCAAGGUUUGAGGGAGCACACAAUUGGCAUGCUGACUGCAGGAAUGUCCACCAGAGCUGUUGUCAGAGAAUUUAAGCGACCUCCAACUUCGUUUUAGAGAAUUUGUCAGUACGGCCAACCGGCCUCACAACCGCAGACCACGUGUAUGGCAUCGUGUGGGCGAGCGGUUUGCUGAUGUCAAAGUUGUGAACAGAGUUCCUCCUUGGUGGCGGUGGGGUUAUGUUAUGGGCAGCCAUAAGCUACAGACAACGAACACAAUUGCAUUUUAUCGAUGGCAAUUUCAAUGCACAGAGAUACUGUGACGAGAUCCUGAGGCCCAUUGUCGUGCCAUUCAUCUGCUGCCAUCACCUCAUGUUUCAGCAUGAUAAUGCACAGCCCCAUGUCGCAAGGAUCUGUACACAAUUCCUGGAAGCUGAAAAUGUCCCAGUUCUUCCAUGGCCUGGAUACUCAUCAGACGUGUCACCCAUUGAGCAUGUUUGGGAUGCUCUGGAUCGGCGUGUACGACAGCAUGUUCAAGUUCCUGCCAAUAUCCAGCAACUUCACACAGCCAUUGAAGAGGAGUGGGACAACAUUCCACAGGACACAAUCAACAGCCUGAUCAACUCUAUGCGACGGAAAUGUGUCGCACUGCAUGAGGCAAAUGGUGGUCACACCAGAUACUGACUGGUUUUCCCAGUCAUGUGAAAUCCAUUGAUUAGGGCCUAGUGAAUUUAUUUCAGUUGACUGAUUUCCUUACAGUAGCAGUCAAAAGUUUGGACACACCUACUCAUUCCAGGGUUUUUCUUUAUUUUUUACUAUUUUCUACAUUGUAGAAUAAUAGUGAAGACAUCACAACUAUUAAAUAACACUUAUGGAAUCAUGUAGUAACCAAGAAAGUGUUUAAACAAAUCAAAAUAUAUUUUAUAUUUGAGAUUCUUCAAAGUAGCCACCCUUUGCCUUGAUGACAGCUUUGCACACUCUUGGCAUUCUCUCAACCAGCUUCAUGAGGUAGUCACCUGGAAUGCAUUUCAAUUAACAGGUGUGCCUUGUUAAAAGUUAAUUUGUGGAAUUUCUUUCCUCCUUAAUGCGUUUGAGCCAAUCAGUUGUGUUGUUACAAGGUAGGGGUGGUAUACAGAAGAUAGCCUUAUUUGGUAAAAGGCCAAGUCCAUAUUAUGGCAAGAACAGCUCAAAUAAGCAAAGACAAACGACAGGCCAUCAGUACUUUAAGACAUGAUGGUCAGUCAGUCCGGAAAUGUUCAAGAACUUUGAAAGUUUCUUCAAGUGCAGUCGCAAAAACCAUCAAGCGCUAUGAUGAAACUGGCUCUCAUGAGGACCGCCACAGGAAAGGAAGACCCAGAGUUACCUCUGCUGCAGAGGAUAAGUUCAUUAGAGUUACCAGCCUCAGCAAUUGCAGCCCAAAUAAAUGCUUCACAGAGUUCAGGUAACAGACACAUCUCAACAUCAACUGUUCAGAGGAGACUGAGUAAAUCAGUGCCUUCAUGAUCGAAUUGCUGCAAAGAAACCACUACUAAAGGACACCAAUAAUAAGAAGAGACUUGCUUGGGCCAAGAAAUGAGUCCAGAUUUGCUCUUUUUGGUUCCAACCGCCUUGUCUUUGUGAGAUGCAGAGUAGGUGAACGGAUGAUCUCCGCAUGUUUGGUUCCCACCAUGAAGCAUGGAGGAGGCACGACGCCAGGACAGCGGAGUCACUGACCACCUUCCGGAGACACUUGAAACACUACCUCUUCCAUGAAUACCUGGAAUAGUAUAACAGUAAUCCUUCCACCUCCCCACAAAAAAAGGGUGGUUGUCCCACUGGCUAUCCUAAAUUGAAUGCACCAAUUUGUAAGUCGCUCUGGUUAAGAGCGUCUGCUAAAUGACUUAAAUGUUAAAUGUGUUGGGGUGCUUUGCUGGUGACACUGUCUGGCACACUUAACCAGCAUGGCUACCACAGCAUUCUGCAGCGAUACGCGAUCCCAUCUGGUUUGCGCUUAGUGGGACUAUCAUUUGUUUUUCAACAGGACAAUGACUCAACACACCUCCAGGCUGUGUAUGGACUAUUUGACCAAGAAGGAGAGUGAUGGAGUGCUGCAUCAGAUGACCUGGCCUCCACAAUCCCCUGACCUCAACCCAAUUGAGAUGGUUUGGGAUGAGUUGGACCGCAGAGUGAAGGAAAAGCAGCCAAUAAGUGCUCAGCAUAUGUGGGAACUCCUUCAAUACUGUUGGAAGAGCAUUCCAGGUGAAGCUGGUUGAGAGAAUGCCAAGAGUGUGCAAAGCUGUCAUCAAGGCAAAGGGUGGCUAUUUGAAGAAUUUCAAAUAUAAAAUAUAUUUUGAUUUGUUUGAUACUUUUUUGUUACUACAUGAUUCCAUAUGUGUUAUUUCAUAGUUUUGAUGUCUUCACUAUUAUUCUACAAUGUAGAAAAUAGUAAAAAAUAAAUUAAAACCCUUGAAUGAGUAGAAGUGUCCAAAAGUUUGACUGGUGCUGUAUAUGAACUGUAUGUAACUCAGUGAAAUCUUUAAAAUUGUAACAUGUUGUGUUUAUAUUUUUGAACAUUUGUUUGGAUUCCUCAUGUCUUACUCAUUGUUAGAAAAAAGUUUGGCCCAAAUCGAUGAUAGGUAUAUUUAUUGAAUGUUAUAUGAAUCGUAUUAAAAUGGCCAAUUAUAUUUUAUAUUAUAUUUCAACAAAAGAACGUUGGAGAAAUGCUAAUCUUAUCUGUUUCUAACUACAGAACUGAUUUCAGAACAAUCUGAAAUGCUGGGUGUCAUGGCUUGCUGAAAUGACAUGGAACUACCCAGAUGCGAAACAGGCCUCGCUAAGACAUAGUGCUUUCCUAUUAGUGUAAAUGAACUGUAUGUAACUCAGUAAAAUCUUUAAAAUUGUAACAUGUUGUGUUUAUAUUUUUGAUCAUUUGUUUGGAUUCCUCAUGUCUUACUCAUUGUUAGAAAAAGGUUUGGCCCAAAUCAAUGAUAUGUAUAUUUAUUGAAUGUUAUAUGAAUCGUAUUAAAAUGGCCAAUUAUAUUUUAUAUUAUAUUUCAACAAAAGAACGUUGCAGAAAUGCAAAUCUUAUCUGUUUCUAACUACAGAAAUGAUUUCAGAACAAUCUGAAAUGCUGGGUGUCAUGGCUUGCUGAAAUGACAUGGAACUACCCAGAUGCGAAACAGGCCUCGCUAAGACAUAGUGCUUUCCUAUUAGUGUUUUGGCUUAAAAGUGAACACAGCCUUUCAGGAUGUAAAUAGGGAAAGGUUUGGAUUUGGAUGGAAAAAGUGAUUAAUGAGAUUAAGUUUAGCCAAUCUGCACUUUACUUUAUAUUCAACCCUUCCUGUCACCUUCAGUAAGGACAUCUCUGGACAGCACUCCAUGGUUUUUCAUAAAAUUACAAAUCCUACUUUGCCAUUUUCAUUUAGAUAUAAUUAGCAUAAUCAAUCUAAAUUAUUUGGAUCAAAUUCAGAUUGGGAUCAAAACUGUCCUGAGUUUAUAGAUGUCUACUAUUUUAUCCAUAUACUAUAUUAUCCAUAUUAUCCACCUGAGAACAUAAUGUACAGCAAUAAAGUCCCAAAUUACUAACUGUAGUCCAGUCUGCCAAUGCACAAGGCUGAUUAAUUUCAGUAGAGAUAAUCCCUAAAUCGCCGCUUUCACCAUGAAUUGGGAAAUACUAAUACUGCAUAAUAAAACAGAUGGAACGAUUCCAAGAAAGUCCACAAGUGACAAAGCAAAAGUUUUUCCCACCCUUGUACUUUUCCUCCAUUUCACUAUCAUAGAGCAAACAUUUGUUAAUGUGCCUGUUUUCCACUUUUCCAACUGAUAGAUUAUAGUCUAUUACACUGAUUUACAGUGGGGAGAACAAGUAUUUGAUACACUGCCGAUUUUGCAGGUUUUCCUACUUACAAAGCAUGUAGAGGUCUGUAAUUUUUAUCAUAGGUACACUUCAACUGUGAGAGACGGAAUCUAAAACAAAAAUCCAGAAAAUCACAUUGUAAUUAAUUUGCAUUUUAUUGCAUGACAUAAGUAUUUGAUACAUCAGAAAAGCAGAACUUAAUAUUUGGUACAGAAACCUUUGUUUGCAAUUACAGAGAUCAUACGUUUCCUGUAGGUCUUGACCAGGUUUGCACACACUGCAGCAGGGAUUUUGGCCCACUCCUCCAUACAGACCUUCUCCAGAUCCUUCAGGUUUCGGGGAUGUCGCUGGGCAAUACGGACUUUCAGCUCCCUCCCAAAGCUGUUCUAUUGGGUUCAGGUCUGGAGACUGGCUAGGCCACUCCAGGACCUUGAGAUGCCUCUUACGGAGCCACUCCUUAGUUGCCCUGGCUGUGUGUUUCGGGUCGUUGUCAUGCUGGAAGACCCAGCCACGACCCAUCUUCAAUGCUCUUACUGAGGGAAGGAGGUUGUUGGCCAAGAUCUCGCGAUACAUGGCCGCAUCCAUCCGCCCCUCAAUACGGUGCAGUCGUCCUGUCCCCUUUGCAGAAAAGCAUCCCCAAAGAAUGAUGUUUCCACCUCCAUGCUUCACAGUUGGGAUGGUGUUCUUGGGGUUGUACUCAUCCUUCUUCUUCCUCCAAACACGGCGAGUGGAGUUUAGACCAAAAAGCUCUAUUUUUGUCUCAUCAGACCACAUGACCUUCUCCCAUUCCAUCCAGAUGGUCAUUGGCAAACUUCAGACGGGCCUGGACAUGCGCUGGCUUGAGCAGGGGGACCUUGCGUGCGCUGCAGGAUUUUAAUCCAUGACGGCGUAGUGUGUUACUAAUGGUUUUCUUUGAGACUGUGGUCCCAGCUCUCUUCAGGUCAUUGACCAGGUCCUGCCAUUUAGUUCUGGGCUGAUCCCUCACCUUCCUCAUGAUCAUUGAUGGCCCACGAGGUGAGAUCUUGCAUGGAACACCAGACCGAGGGUGAUUGACUGUCAUCUUGAACUUCUUCCAUUUUCUAAUAAUUGCGCCAACAGUUGUUGCCUUCUCACCAAGCUGCUUGCCUAUUGUCCUGUAGCCCAUCCCAGCCUUGUGCAGGUCUACAAUUUUAUCCCUGAUGUCCUUACACAGCUCUCUGGUCUUGGCCAUUGUGGAGAGGUUGGAGUCUGUUUGAUUGAGUGUGUGGACAGGUGUCUUUUAUACAGGUAAAGAGUUCAAACAGGUGCAGUUAAUACAGGUAAUGAGUGGAGAACAGGAGGGCUUCUUAAAGAAAAACUAACAGGUCUGUGAGAGCCGGAAUUCUUACUGGUUGGUAGGUGAUCAAAUACUUAUGUCAUGCAAUAAAAUACAAAUUAAUGACUUAAAAAUCAUACAAUGUGAUUUUCUGGAUUUUUGUUUUAGAUUAUGUCUCUCACAGUUGAAGUGUACCUAUGAUAAAAAUUACAGACCUCUACAUACUUUGUAAGUAGGAAAACCUGCAAAAUCGGCAGUGUAUCAAAUACUUGUUCUCCCCACUGUAUAUCAAACCAAACAUCUCAUCUUGUUUCAGCUCCAUUUCCUAGUAGUCUAUUGUGUUAUCAAUAUAUUUACUCCCCAUAGAGCAGGACACAAAGGGGAUUUGUGUUAACUAGUUUAUUGAUUUGGAGUUGAGGCAUUGCUUGUAAUUCUGCUUACCAGGCAUGUUCACAAGACUCUUCCCCAGCCACUCUUAAUCUGGUAUUGUGUCACUACAGGUCCCAUUACCUUCAGUUUCACCACAUGCUUUUCACAUCAUAUUUUAUAAAGCGUGAACUGUGAAUACGUUUGUCCUGAAUACAUUUAGUUGUGUGUGUGCGCGCGUGCGUGUGUGUGUGUGCGCGCGUAUAUCUGUGUGCGCGCGUAUAUCUGUGUGCACACUUGAGUGUGAGAGUGUUUAUGGAAUUUCUCAAAUGAAUUCUUUCCUCUUAUGACAUUAUACUGAUACAAAUGUAACGUCUCCCAUCCUCCCACCAGGUACAGAGGAAGCUGGGGACAGGUAAUCCUGCUGGACAGGAUCGAGGCACCGGCGUGGAUUGUGCAGCGCUCACGUGUAUGGUGCAGCUGGCUCAGAUCAUCGUAGGGGCGGGACUGGGGGCAUUGGUCAACAUGGCAGGAAGUGUGAUUGUGGUGGUCCUCUCCGCAUCAACAAUGUCUCUACUUGGCUGUCUGUUCAUCGCCCUCUUCAUUAGAUACGUGGAAUAA